GAUUUCCUGUGCUGGAGAGGUCAGCUGUUCCCAAUCCCUCUUUUUCUCUCACUCCCUCCCCCUCUUUUCUGUCUCAUUCCCUCUUUUUUUUUCUUCCUCCCUACCCCCUUUCCCCCCUCCCCUGCCUCGUCUCCGCAUUGCCAGGGCUUCACCUCGCUCUCUCUCUCUUUCUCUCUCUCUCGUGUGUCUCUCUCUCUUUCUCUCCCCCCGACCCCCUCUCCCUCUCCCUCUCUUCUCUGGCCACUCGCUGGUGCCUCUCGGACUCUUUGGGAUUUUAUACCUAGUGAUGUGUAACUUACAGGAUGCCCAGUAGCAUUGGAAAGAGAUUUAAACCUACGAAAUACAUCCCGGUCUCCACAGCAGCAGCCUUAUUAGUGGGAUCUACUACUUUGUUCUUCGUCUUCACGUAAGUUUAAAAGGAGAACGCCGACGAUACGAGCUUCUGUCAGGAAGCGGGGAGUGCGGGGGGGGGACACGAAUAAGGCCUGGUUUGUGGUGCCGGCUGGGUACCUUUCGGGGACUGGGUUGCUAUGGAGGAGGCAGGAGAGUUGCUUUGAUCCAUUGGAGAGGCCCCUGCGUUGGUGGUGAUGCUUUCGAGGUGCCCAGAUAUCUCCCCCCCCCCUUGGGGGUGGCGAUUGCGGCGGCCGUGGCGUUGGGUGGGGUGGAGGGGGACGCUUCCUACUUUGCAGAGAUUUUCCUGGUUAUUUAAUUCACAUCCUCUCGCUCCAGCAGCCUUUAAAAACAAAUAAAUCCUCGACUCAUAAGGAACCACCAUUUCAUGGCAAAUCAGCCCUAUCAGACUUUUGCGGCUGCUUGUCUGUGUACAUUGGAGGCGCCAAUUAAAUGCUGUCUUCUUUUUCUGUCUCCCUCCCUCUCACCCCCCCCCCGCGCACUGCUCCUGUGCGCAAAAGGGGAGGGAAAAAAGGAGGGGGGGAGUUGAUGUAUGUUUUGAAUGAGCAUCAUCCUGAGAAGUGCAAAAGGCUUUUUUUUUUUUUGCUGCAAUUAGCCAAGCCAAAUCAAGCCUCUUGUUUAUUAUAUAUAGGCAGAUUCAGCUCGCCUGCCUUGUCCCCCCUUAAGCUGGCUGUGUGGAGCGAAAGAGAGAAUUGGCCUCUGGGGCUUUUUGCAGCAAAUGUCUUGUUGGUUUGGGGAGGAUGGUGAAGGCUGCCUGGAGAAAAUCCUUCGGAGGCAGCACCAUUGAGCUUCUGGUUGUGCUGGAAACUCCAGUAUUUAAUGUGCACAUCUUAAUGGGGUUCAUUCCCUCAUUUAAAAGGAAAGAGAUUUAAAACCAUUUGCCUUCAUACACCCCCCCAAAUGCUUUAGCUUGGAGGUUUCCAGUAGCUUUCUUUUAGUUUUCUCCUCAUUUUAAAUUUUGCAUGCAAAGGAGGGGGUUGUUAAAGUAAUUGCAAUUACUUGCCUUUUAAAGGAAACCUCUAUAUAACUUUGAUUCCAGCAUAGAUAUAGUUUGUGCUCUGAACUGUUUGUUGGGUCUUCUAGGUCUCUGAAUGGUAAAAGAAUCCAAAUGUUUAUUGAGAUGAUUAGAAAAAAACACACAUUAUUCUCUGCUGAUUAGCUGUUAGCAUGCGGUCUUAUUUUCACUGGAUCUGAGCUCAAGGGAAGGUAUUUAUGGGGAUGUAGUAUCAAAUGUAGGUCUAGCUUGGCUGCAAAAAUGCACUGUACGUGUGUUAACAAGGGUUCAUGUCCUUGGAGUCAUUGUUGUACCUUGAUGGUAAAAUGGGAUGUUUGCAUGAGAGAUCAACGUCGGUUGUGUUGCCCUAAUCAAAUGGUUCCGGGGUUGUUGCUUUAGUGUGUUUGUAUCUGGGACAAAUUGUAUUAUUUUUUUUGCUUUGAAUGGCACAUUGAUUGAAAACUGCUUUUGAAAACUCUGGCUAUACUUCCUGAAUGAAACAUAGACAUGGCUGGUGGUUAAAGACUUGCUUUCCUCUUCUCUUCUCCUGACUCUUCCCCCUCACCCAGCCCCACCUAUUUUGCAGACUUGACCCCUUUCUAAUUAUAGGCAGUGCAUCCAAGCUUACCAUGGCACAAGACAUUGGAAAAGUUGACAUGUUGUAGGUGUAGGUCUGAUUUCCGAAGAGAGUAUUCCUAGGCUACCUGAAAGAAUUCUGUUUACCAUAUGAGCUUGCCCGUUUGGUAGGUUCUGCUUCCAGGGCUCUACUAGCGUUCCCCAACUUUGUGCUCCUCCAGAUGUUUUGGGAUAUAGCUCCCAUCAGCCCCAAUCGGCAUGGCUAGUGAUCAAGGUUGAUGGGCACCAAUAUCUGGGGGACACCAGAGCAGGGGAAGAUGCCGCUGCCUUCAGGAGUGCUCAGUGGAUAAAGGGCCUUUUUAGUGGCAGCACCUCGGUUGUGAAAUGCUCUACCCAAAGCCAGCUGGCUGCGGUGGACCCUAGUGUCUUUUCAACACGUGGUGAAGAUGUAUAUCACCUCCUUGGCUUUGAAUGGUUAUCUUGGUGUUUUGCUAUUUAUUUAUUUAUUUUCUUUAUUGUUGGUGCUUGCUUUAAUUAGUAUUUCAGAUUUAAUGAGCUUUUAAAAAUUAUACAUAUGUUAAUCGCUCUGGAAGCUUUGGCUGGAAGCCAGCGUAGAAAAAACAGUUUAGCUAAAUAGAAACAAACAGACAGAUAUUUUCUGGAAGAGGAGUCGCCGUGAUUCAGAAAACCUUGGUAUAAGAGCAAUAUUGAAACUGAGUAAAAAACUAUUGGGAGCAAUGGUGACCUAUGGCAAGAGCCCUCCAAAUCCCAGGUGGCCAUUUGUGUGGUGCAUGAUCCAAAAGCAGUGUUGAACCAGAAAUGUUUCAGCCGUGACUGUUUGGUCUAGGGACUUGAUUUUCACUUUGAACAUGUAGUUCAAAUUAGCCAUGCUGCAUUAUUUAAUAUUUGUCUCUAUUUGCCAUUUGUGAUAUAGGAGGGCAGGAAUGAAGCCAUAAAGGGCCCUAUGGGAUAUCAGUGAUAUUCCAGUCCUAUCCUUGUUUGUUCAGCUUUCAUGCAAAAACCACAACAGGACACCUAAGUCUCUAGUUCCUUCACUUGCAGAAAUAUAAGGAGAAAUAUGCAGGAGGUAGCCCAACCAUUCACCAACAAGAAGGAAACUUGUUUCUGCUUUCCAGUGUUCUGGGCAGUCAGUACAAAGGCAGUGGAAUAAUUUAACCACUACAAAACUCUUAUUUUAAAAUUCUGUUUGAUUUAUUUUGUUUAACACAAGGAAAUCCUAUUCAACUGUCUGCAGUUUGGUUCUGAUUCUGAAUGUUGUGGCUCAAUUUCCCUAUUCCUUAGAUCAGGCAUAGGCAAACUGGGCCCUCCAAAUGUUUUGGGACUACAACUCCCAUGAUCCCUAGCUAACAGGACCCAUGGUCAGGGAUGAUGGGAACUGUAGUCCCAAAAACAUCUGAAGGUCCCAGUUUGCCCUUAGACCCUCUCGUUACAACAUUUUGACUAUGGACGAUGAAGGCUAAAUGGAUCUAUCAUCUUUUUAUUGGCCAUUGCUAGGUGAUUGCAGGCAAUGCUUAUUUGUCCCAGGCAAGUGGCUAUUUGCAAGCCAAGCUCAAUGAACUUGUGUAAACUCAGUGUGGUAGGUUAAGAGGCUGUGACUCCAAGGUCACCCAGUGAGCUUCAUGACAUAGUGGGGAUUGGGACCCUGAUCUCCCAGGUCCUAGUCCGACACUUUAACCACUACACUGCACUGUCUUCCUAGAUUACUUCUGCUAUGGGGCAGCUAUAUAAAUAAAGUAGGUAAAUAAAUAUGGGGAAAGCAAAAUGUCAUUUAGAAGAGGAUCUGAAAUAUUUUCCUUGAAGCUUGUUUUAUUCUAGAUCAUUUUAUUUGAAGUUUUAAUGUGCUGUAAACUGCUUUGAUUUAUUCCCCUUUAAAGUAUAAAGUGGUAGAGAAAUGAAAUUAAUAAUAAUAAUAAUUAUUUGAUGGUAAAAAAAAUGUUGCCUAGACAUUCCAUUGUAACUACUGUAAGGCGCCUAGUUUAAGGCGCCAUUUAGCGGCUAGCUUACCGUAUAUAUCUGAUGGCUAUAUCUGAUGCAUGGAUGGCUUUAAAUAAUUAAUAUAAUAUAAUAUAAUAUAAUAUAAUAUAUUUAUUUAUUUCUAUAUACAUAUAUACGUACCCCGCCCAUCUGGCUGGGUUUCCCCAGCCAUUCUGGGCGGCUCCCAACAGAAUAUUAAAAACACGAUAAAACAUUAAGAACUUCCCUAAACACGGCUACCUUCAGAUGUCUUCUAAAAGUCAGAUAGUUGUUUAUUUCCUUGACAUCUGAUGGGAGGGCGUUCCACAGAGCAGGCGCCACUACCGAGAAGGCCCUCUGCCUGGUUCCCUGUAACCUCACUUCUUGCAGUGAAGGAACUGCCAGAAGGCCCUCAGAGCUGGACCUCAGUGUCUGGGUUGAAUGGUGGGGGUGGAGACGCUCCUUCAGGUCUACUGGGCCGAGGCUGUUUAGGGCUUUAAAGGUCAGCAUGAACACUUUGAACUAUGCUCGGAAACAUACUGGGAGCCAAUGCAAAAGUGGUUUAGACAAAUUAAUGGAUGAUAAGGCCUCAGUUCCACUGUUGGAGGCAGUAUGCCUCAUCUCUGAAUGCCAACUGCUGAGAAUUGCAGUUUGGGAGAUCACUAACCACAGUUGUAAAAAAACUCUUUCCAAAAAAAAAGGUCAAUAAGUUUUCCAUCCGGAUUUUUCACUGUUUGAAAUAUGGCAACCCUUUGUAAAACAACAGCACCUGCACUUUGAAGCUCCUUGCCUAUUGACAUCUGGAAGGUGCCUUCACUGUACUUCUUUUGAUACCUGCUUGAAACAUUUUCUUUUUGGCAAGACCAUGCAGACAUAUAGAUGUUGGCAUUUUUUAUCCUUUUAAAAAAACCAAACCUGUUAAUUUUAAUUAUCCCUAGUUGUUUUAAACGUGUUUUUAAUCUAUAAUUUUAAUAUCUCUUGUAAACUGCUUAGAGCAGUGGUUCACAGUUGGAGUUCCAGGGACCGUGGUCUCAUUCACAUAACAAAAACUACUGUAGAGAUAUCAUUUUUUUUCCCAAAGUAGGGGGUCCAUGGCUUAGCUUUUGAAAAACAGGGGGUCUGCGGCACGUAGCUUCGAGGUUUUACGGUGGUACCUCGGGUUACAUACGCUUCAGGUUACAGGCUCCGCUAACCCAGAAAUAUUACCUCGGGUUAAGAACUUUGCUUCAGGAUGAGAACAGAAAUCAUGCAGCGGUGGCGCAGUGGCAGCGGGAGGCCCCAUUAGCUUAAGUGGUGCUUCAUGUUAAAAACAGUUUCAGGUUAAGAACAGACCUCCAGAACGAAUUAAGUUCUUAACCCGAGGUACCACUAUACUACAAUUAAGUGGUGUAUACAUUUUGUUAAAUAAAUGCAUGCACGCACGCACGCACGCACAAACACACACACACACCUACCUUUAUUGAUCCAAUCAUUCUGUUCCAUCUUCCCUUUGGGGCUUGUCUGUCCUGGUUGAAGUAGAUGGAAUGCCUCAGGUGGCCUCUGGGCUGCCGGCUGCCCACCUGCCCUUUACAAUGAGCUAACUUUUAUGAUCCUAAUAUCACAGAAGGAUAGGCUGAGAUCUCUUCAUAGCCAAGACGCAUUCCAUUUUGUAGCACGUGCACUGAAUCUGUACAGCACAUCACCUCUGGAUAGCACAGAGCACAAAACAUACCGUAACCCACAGUUUCUCUCUACUUAAGCACCAGUCCAAAGAUGCUCUAAAAUUUAAAUCCUUCAUGACUGUGUUAGCAGGGGACACACAUCUUUUCUUGGACACCUUCAAGGAAUGGGAAGGGGAGGGGGACGCAAAACAGAGGUCCAAGGUGCAUAAUAUCCCAUGGUCAAAGGCACGAGUGAGCAGCAAAGGCACGAGUGAGCAGCAAUAUUCCUGAUUUAAUAAUAAUAAUAAUAAUAAUAAUAAUAAUAAUAAUAAUUUAUUAUUUAUACCCCGCCCAUCUGGCUGAGUUUCUCCAGCCACUCUGGGCGGCUCCCAAUCAAGUGUUAAAAACAGUACAGCGUUAAAUAUUAAAAACUUCCCUGAACAGGGCUGCCUUCAGAUGUCUUUUAAAGAUAGGAUAGCUGCUUAUUUCCUUCACAUCUGAAGGGAGGGCGUUCCACAGGGCAGGUGCCACUACUGAGAAGGCCCUCUGUCUGGUUCCCUUUAACCUCACUUCUUGCAAUGAGGGAACCACCAGAAGGCCCUCAGCGCUGGAUCUCAGUGUCCAGGCUGAACGAUGGGGGUGGAGGCGCUCCUUCAGGUAUACUGGGCCGAGGCCAUUUAGGGCUUUUAUGGGGUACCCUGCAGGUUAAUGCAUCAGCACACAGGCACAGUCUCUCUCUCUCUCUCUCUCUCUCUCUCUCUCUCUUUUUUCUCUCUCUCUCUCAGUGUAGGAGAGUUUGUGUGAAGAGUGUAUGCUUGUUGAGUUAUACAGAGCAACUCUUUAUUUCAUAAAAGUGAUAUACCACUUGAUUGUUUUUUUGAAAAAACAACAACCCAAGUGGUUUACAAAAAGAAUAAAACAAUACAACGAUGAGUAAAAACCAUUAAAACACCCAGAAAAAUUAAAACCAGCAGUAUGCUUUAAAAAAAACGCAUCAGCAUUCUUGAUACCUAGGUCGGCUCGUCUAAACAAAAAUGUUUUUAGCAGGCACUGAAAAAGACUACAGUGAAGGUGCCUGCCUGAUUAGGCAGGGAGUUCCAAAGUGUGAAUGCUAUUGCAGCGAAAGCUUGAUUUCUUACAGAUGUGGAACGGGUAUUAUGUGGCGCCUUCAAUAAUGGCGGUUCUGCAGAAUGAAGCGGUCGAGAGGGUAUAUGUUUGGUUAAGGUGAUCUCGCAGGUGUACUCAGAUGCCGCUGUUGCACAUACAGGCACUCUGCUCGCUGAAUGUUCCAUGCAGAUGAAUGUAUGAGUGCACAACAUUCACAGCCUGAGCUUGAAUAUAAUGUGUGAACACCCCUGUUGUGUCUCUGCAUCACGUCAAUUUGUGUUCUGUAUUGUGGGCCCAAUUUUGUGGAACUCAACUCCCUUCUAGUUGAAGUCUAGACAGUUGAACUUCAAAGCCAGCCAAAGCCCUCACCUUCAUUUUUUACUACAGCAGGCUUUUAAAUUCAUUUCUGAUUGUUUUGUUUUAAACAGUUCUAAGGUACUGAGUCUUCUGUCCAACUCUUGCAGAUGGUUGUAAAUUAAGCAGUGUAUAAAUGUUUGAAAUAAAUAAAGGGAUUUUAUAUAUGUUUUUUUCUCUUUUUAAAGAAAGGCUCAGAGGCCAGGUUUCAUACACCUGGAUGAGCAAUUGGUAGCGGGUCAAAGUCUUUCAUUUAUUUUCCUCUGUCUUGACAACUAAGCAAUCUCUAGGCAACCUUAGAUGUAUUCUUGCAGAUCUCCAAGCCCCACACACACCUCGGAGGCGCUAUUUGGUUUUUGAUUAAAGAAGAUCUCUAUCUGAAACCUUAAUGGCCUGGAUCCAACUGCAUGAUGUGUUUGAAACACAUGAGGAAGUUAGGGGCAUGUUUGUCAAGCGGGACCCUGCUCAUGUUUGUUUGUUGAUUUAUCGCUAUGUACUUAUUGCAAUAAGGGACGCGGGUGGCGCUGUGGGUUAAACCACAGAGCCUAGGACUUGCUGAUUAGAAGGUCGGCGGUUCGAAUCCCCGCGACGGGGUGAGCUCCCGUUGCUCGGUCCCUGCUCCUGCCAACCUAGCAGUUCGAAAGCACGUCACAGUUCAAGUAGAUAAAUAGGUACCGCUCCAGCGGGAAGGUAAACAGCGUUUCCAGAAGCGGCUUCGUCAUGCUGGCCACAUGACCUGGAAGCUGUACGCCGGCUCCCUUGGCCAAUAAAGCGAGAUGAGCUAUUCAAAGGGAAGUAGUCAAAGAUCCCACUGGAACCCUAAGGCAAAAUUAGAUUUUUUUUAAAAAAAACAACAACCCAUUUUUGUGGCAGAAGGGAGUGCGAAUGAAGAAACAUGAGGAGUUGAUUAACCCUUCCCUUGCACACCUCUUGCUCUCUCUUGUAGCUUUGCCCCUCUGGUGGGAGGCAGGGAAGAAGCUCGGAACAAUUUAGAACAGAGAAACAGCAGUCAGGGACACAGUUUAGCCCUGUACUACAACUGCAAUCCCAAAUGUCUUCCUGAAAGCUGAUUUCCUGGUAUAAGAAAGAGCUGCCAGGACUACAGUAUAUGUCUUUAUUUGUAAUUAGAGACAUGCAAUAUUGAACCUGGGACAUCCUGCAUACAGAGAAAAGCUUUUGCUAUUGAGCGGCUCACCUAAAUUUGCCAGUAAUGUUUACUUUCAGCUAAGUCAAUAAAAAUAAUAUGCAGUGUUAAUUAAAAGCUUCCCAUUUGUAGGUUAUGUCUAUAUUUUUAGCUUUGUAAUAAUGAAGAACUAUACUAGACGGGAGAGGUGUUGAACAACGUGCAAGUCAGAAUACUUUGUAGGUAUCCUAUAUUCACUUUGGUGGAUUGCAAAUUGUGCGGGGGAGCUUUCACUCCUUAAUAUUUUCUCUCUCCCCCAGUCAAUCUUCAGACACACAGAGAAACAUUCAUGCUAAACAUAAUCUAGGAGCAUAGACGUGCAGCUCACUCAAUUUGUGGCAGGGAUUAGCGACUCAAAAAGCUUAGUUCCUUCUAAAAUAUUGCUUAAUUUCCUAUAUGUAUUUUUUUAAUUAAUUGGGCCAAGUCCCACUUUGAAACGAAGGUAGCUUUCUUCCAUUACGCUGCUUAAUCAAUAAGCUCUUUUAAUCUGGUCAGGCUUCAUUAUGGAUUGUUGUUUAUAACCUUAUCCAUUCAGCUGGCAACCUGUGCCGCUUGGCUAUUCUCUGAUCUGGAAAUACCGAAGGCUUCGGCGUUUGGAAAGCCGACUUUGACCACAGUGCGCUCUCAAAUGGGAUUGCUUUGAGUGGAAUGCCAGGUGGUGGGUCUAAUUCGGUCCGCUGGAAGACUAGAGCUUAAUUAAAGCUGUUUUGUUCAAACAUGGUGUAGAUGUCACUUUAAGUUAAAGACUGUGUAACAUCUACUAGGGAAGCUGACUGCCGCUGAGAGGCUAAGAAGCUGGCUUAGGUGGCUUCUCUGCUCUUUUAAGUGCAGCUGAGAGAUUGCAAUUAGCUGGUAGUGGGAUUUAAAAGGGACGUUCCCCAAACACUUAAUCUAGUGCCACGUUAUCCCCCGAUGCCCUUCCACAUGGCCAAGAUAGGAAACUGUUUUAUACCAAGUCAAAUUAUUUACCCAUCGAUGUCAUGACGUUGACCAGUUUGAUUAGCAGCAUCUCUCCUGAAUCUUAGGCAGCGGUCUUUCUUAUUAAUUGCCACUUGGUUCGUUUAAACAGAGAUGUCUGGGAUUGAACCUGGGACAUUCUGCAUCCAGGCAACUUUGCUGUCUCAGAGCCAUUGCCCUAAAUUUGCAUGUAACGUGUAUUCGUCUAUAAUGUUUGUCCACAAGUAAAUCACAUUCAGUAAAGGUCCCCUGCAAUGGUAGUUAAAUACUUCCUGGUUUUGAGAUUUUUUGUAUUGUAUUGUAUAGUCAUACCUCUUCUUGCGAGCACUUCAUGUUGCGUUUUUUUCAGGUUAAGAACGCAGCAAACCCGAAAGUGUUUACUUCCGGGUUUCGCCACAUGCGCAGAAGCAUUCUGCAUGGUUCACGCAUGCGCAGAAAUGCUCUGUUGCGCUUCGCACAUGCUCAGAAGCACUGCUCUGAUUACAGACUUUUCGGGGUGCCACUGGCACCCCGGAACGGAUCGUGUCCGCAACCAGAGGUACUAUUGUAUUGUAUUGUAUUGUAUUGUAUUGUAUUGUAUUGCAUUGUUUUAACAUUUUGAUGUUUACUGACCUGGGCUCCUUUGGGAGAAAGGUCAGGAUACAAAUUUAAUAAAUAGCACUGGGGUUCUCCGUAGGCCCUCAAGCUCUUUCUCAGAAGAGUCGCUUCUGGGUUUGGUGGGAUCCUGGCAAUUCCUGUGCCCUGUUUCUUGGUUUCGUUCCUCUGGUUCCCAUUUCUGGUUCUUGGCUCUCCUCUGAAUGCAGCCUGUGGUGCUGGUGGAGCCUUUGACGUUGGCCAAUAAAUGUCCAAGGUAAGACGCUAGAGUAGAUUGAUGAACUAUGCUGCUUUACUUAGAGCUGAAUGACCAGAGCAUGUGGCUUCUCUCUGACAGCUGCUCUCGUCCUGGGCGUAGCUCAGCCAAGCUGAGAGUUCAAGGCCUUGAAGUGUGUUUAUUAAAAUUACAUGGUAGGGAGUUGCCGUGCCGAAUAUAAAUUCCCAAGAUGACUUUCUACGAUUACCAUUUGAUUUGUUUUUAAGAAACAAAAAAACCUUGCCAACAGUUAAGCAGCCAGUGUGAGCUGGGGUCACAGCCUAUCAUAAUGGAUGAAUAUUGGAGGCGUUAGGCUCAGUGGCAGAGCAUGUCUUCGUUUUAAUCCCAGACUCCUGGAAACUGGAAAACUAUGGGUUGGCUGUGAGGGGGACCCCGGCUUGAGACUCUGCAGAGCCACUCCCAGUCACUGGUGCCAUCUGCAUUAUACAUUUAAAGCAGUCAGGGGGGAUAAAAAUCAAUGAUUUUUUUUAAAAAAAUAAAAAUCGGAUUUUUUUAUUUGAAUCAAAUUUUUUUUAAUUUAAAUUGGAUUUUUAAAAUAAAAUACUUUUGGAGGAAAAAAAUCUUUCUAAAGGUAGUUUGCUAUUUAAGUUAACCGGAACGGGUUACUUUCGGGUUUCGGCACUCGCACAUGCGCAGAAGCGCUAAAUCACACUUUGUGCAUGUGCAGAAGACCAAAUCGCUACCUGCGCGUGCACAGAUGAGGCACUGCAGGUUGCAAACACUGCGGGUUGCGAACGUGCUUCCCGCACGGAUCACGUUCGCAACCCAAGCGUCCAUUUUAGCCAUAAUUCUUUGAGGGAAAGAAUGUGCUUUAAAGGUCUAGUGCCAUUAAGGCAUGCUGAUUUCGAUUUUCAAGUUUUGAUAUGCAUUUUUACUAUAUAGGGUUGUGUUUUAAAUGCGUCACACAAUAUUUAAGAGAUUGUUUUUAUAAAUAGGUGUCUGAUAAGUGUCAGAAAUUAAUAAAUAAAGUCUAGUUCAUUUACUUGGUUUCAUCAUAUCGAUGAAAUAAGAGUUUUCUUCGCUUUUCUUCACAGACAGAACCCAUAAAUGGUUUGUUUUCUCAGUCUCCUCCAUCAUAUACAAGUAGUCAUUGAUUUCUUUGCAAACACACAAUUGUUUCCCUUCCAUAUUCUAGCUGCGCUGAGGUAUGAUGAACCUUAUUGUGUCAAACCAUUUCUUUAAAUGAAUCACCAUCACUUCAUUAGCGGAAAGGGUGACUUUUGUGAAUUUCCGAGUCGCAUUUGGGUAUUGUUCAUACACCUCGCUUGACAAGAAAUUGAAAUGACUAUAUUUAGGAAUGCUAUUCCUGAUGUUGACUCCAGCUCUCUGUCCAGUAAACGUAUGUGUGACCUAGGAAGCCAGCAAAUCCUCUUCUUGUUCUGCUAACAAACUCAGCCAGAAGAAUCUUUUGCAAUCCAAAAUAGCUGCUCCAGUAGAACUGAGCUGUGGCCGAUAUUAGCUCCAUAUAAGCCAUCCCAUCUCUUGGGGUGCAGCUGAAGAGGUCUUCUGUGGAAUGUCGGGACUGUGUGUGUUGGGCUAUAUCAAGCAUAUUCCAUUUAUAAAUAGCAGCAAUUUAAAUGAAAAUGCUCAAACUGGCUGGAAGCAUUUCCUUGCCAGGGUGGGAGCGACUUGGUGAAUGGUACACGGUUGGGCCGCAGAGUGUUGAGCAAGUGAGACUUGCAACAAAUCCUCCUUCCCUCAAGAGGAGUUACCCAGUUUGGAUUUGAUAUCCCACUUUAUCACUACCCGAAGGAGUCUCAAAGCGGCUCACAAUCUCCUUUCCCUUCCUCCCCCACAACAAACACUCUGUGAGGUGAGUGAGGUUGAGAGACUUCAGAGAAGUGUGACUAGCCCAAGGUCACCCAGCAGCUGCAUGUGGAGGAGCGGAGACGCGAACCCGGUUCACCAGAUUACGAGUCUACCGCUCUUAACCACUAUACCACACUGGCUCUCAGCAAGCCUGGGACAAGGAUACUUAUGGUUCUUGUAGUUCAGACCUCUUGUGGUGGGGCAGCUUCAGAAGAAUGGGGAGGAGAGAUGCCAACACCCUCUCCCCCCCCCCCACUUUCAUACUGUCACAGGUUUCUGGUUUGGGACUGGGCUGCCAGCCCCAAGUUUGAACACAGGGUUGGGAACCUUUGGCCCCAGAGGCCAAAUGUGCCCUCUCUACGUGGAAUAGUAAUGGAAUAGUCUCAGGGUGGGGUGCACAUUUUUAUUCUUAUUUAUUUAUGAUUAUUACUUUGUCAAAAUAAUAAAUAAUAUGAUAUGAUAUUAUAAUAAUAAUCUGGUUCCCAUGGAAGCUGAAUUUCUGUUGCUGGCAUGGAGGAACACUCAUUUUUGUAGACUUCUGCUCCUUUAUGCUGAAAGAGACUGAAGAUGCUGAAGACCGCCUCCACUCCCGUGACUUUACAUUAAAUUUUCCAGUGGGCUGCUAUGUGAAGAUACCCCCCCUUGUCCUAGAGAUGAGUUGUAUAUCUGUAGAUAUGGCAGGAUCAGGCCGCACAUCUUUUUUUAAAGAGUGAAUCAUUUGGUGAUGAUGGAUCGUUUUCCUAAGUGUGGCUGUGCAGCUUGCUGGAUGUGGAUUGUGUCUGCUCAAAUAUGAUUCGAUCUGACAAGGCAUCUCCGCUGCUCUCUUAGGUUGCCCUUAUGAUACAGUGAAAUUGCUAUCUCAAUCCAGUUUCUGGUGGACAAGUUCUUACAAUGGUUGCUGUUCUCUUUGAACUAAUUAGGAGUACCCGUAAUUAUGUUAGGCUCUCUAAAUUGAAUUAGAGAGUUGCUUUGUCAACAAGAAGAUCCAAACAUCACAGGCUAGUCUUCGCAGCAAAGAAGGCUGUCUUCAGAAUAUAACCUCAAGUUAUUUGUCACUAUUUAUUAUCGCAAAGAGCGACAACAAAUUAAGAAUGGCUUAAUUCACACACAAAAAAGUCUUUAUAAUAUGAGGAAGAGUUUUAAAAAGCUGGGCAGAUGUUGACUUUGGCUCCGUUCACAGUCCAAAUGUGGUUUCAGCUAACCAUAGUUUAGAACACACGGCAUAGAUUGAACUUCCAAAUGUGCAUUGAACAAACCAUGGGAUUGUUUCCUGUCGUCUCAGUACUUCUUCGGUUCACUCCUGCCUCCAUAGUGUAACAAGUUCUGGAGGCAAAAUGAGGCUUAACAGUCAGUACUUCUUCUUGGGGGGAACCCUGGGAAUUGUUUGUUUCUGUGAGGAAUCAGGGCCUCCUAACAACUCUCUUCACCCCUAACAAACCACACUUCCCAGGAUUCUUUGGGGGAAGCCAUGAUGGUUUAAAGUGGUGGUAUGAUACUGCUUUUUGUAUACUGUGCAGAUGAGGCCUUAGAUUAUUUCUGCUGCAAGUGGCAAGUACUCAUUCUUUCAUGGGAUUAUCACUAUCAAUCACUUAUCAGCUAUGUGGGUCACUCCAUGCCAAAUCACCUGGUGCCAUGUUCUCUCACAACUCAGACAAAAAAAUCACUUUGAAUGGUCAGUGACCCUUUUCUGUGGCACUUAAUACCCUUUUUAUACCUUAUACAGUGGUGCCUCGCAAGACGAAAUUAAUUCGUUCCGCGAGUUUUGUCGUCUUGUGAUUUUUUUCGUCUUGCCAAGCACGGUGUCGGAAAAGUUUUGGAAAAGCUUCAAAAAUCACCAGAGUCUUCAAAAACCUCAAAAAAAGCUACCACACCGCGUGCUAUGAGUUGCUCCUCGAAGUCAAGUCGCAACUGUAUUAACGGUGUUAAGGAAAAGGAAACAAACUUGCAAGACGUUUCCGUCUUGCGAAACAAGCCCAUAGGGAAAAUCGUCUUGCGAAGCAGCUCAAAAAACAAAAAACCCUUUCGUUUUGCGAGUUUUCCGUCUUGCGAGGCAUUCAUCUUGCGAGGUACCACUGUAGCCCAAUUGGUUGAAAAAUAAGCGAAACAGGAGGUUUUUUCUAAACUGACGCAGAAAUUGCAUUAGCCUAAAUCGCACAAAAAUUUCAAAAAUUUUGUUGGACCUCAAAAAUUACCGUAUUUUUCGCUCUAUAACACGCACCAGACCAUAACACGCACGUAGUUUUUAGAGGAGGAAAACAAGAAAAAAAAUAUUCUAAACGAAAUAGUGGAUAUAUGAUUUCUGUGGUUCAUGCUGUGGCCACAGACAUGUGAACUGACAGUGAGUUUGGAGUAGCCCAAUGCAAAAAUCCUGAGGAUCCAUGUGGAUCCAUGCUUUGUAACCACGGAGGAGGGAAGGAAGGGGAACCAUGGAUCCUCUGCUCACGACUGCAGCAGAUCCCCACCACCACCUGCAGGCAUUCGCUCCAUAACACACACAGACAUUUCCCCUUACUUUCUAGGAGGAAAAAAGUGAGUGUUAUGGUGCAAAAAAUACGGUAAUUUGAGGUUGUCUCAUAGGUAUCUACACAUAAAAAAAAUUGAAGAAAAUCUGAAUCGUGAGAGCACGGUUGAGUAUUAAAAUCAGGUGAUUUGGCAUGGAAUGACCCAUGUAUGUCCCUGUUGUUAUUGUUCCUAUAUUGCGGUUUUCUUUCAAUAUCUAAAUAAAACAUUUUUGAAAGCAAAACAAAAUUGUGCAGGUGUUUAAAAGGGCGGCUCUAUAAUAUGUUGAGUGGCUAUAAAUGAGCCUGUCCAUACCUUGGCUUAAUGUGGAUUGUGAUCAUGUAAACAAUGUAGUUUUCCUAUUUAGAUUUUCAAAGCAUAGGGAAUCUCUGGGUUUAGGGUGGAGAAAAUGUGGGGCAGCAGUACUGGGAGGAGAGGCAGAAGGGGUUCAUAAUCUGCAUUAAGGUAAGGUAUGGAUGGGCCCAGCACCUCUUAUACCAACUUUAAGGAUAUUUCGGAAAUCACUGUGACAAAAUACAACCCCACCCCAUAGCAGCUGUGUUCCAUGCUUCACACCAAUUGCUUGUUAUUGUUAUUAUUAGUCAUUUCUGCAUUUGGCAGAGUUCGUCAGCACCGAAUUGCUUCCUCCUCCUGAACGUCCUGCUCUUUAGAGAAUGUUUCUUCGGAGCUCUAAGCUCUUCUGAAUUACGUAUUAAGGCAAUGAUCGCAAGGCUUUAGGACUCCAGGUGGACCUUUUUCCAUUCAGGCCUUGCAGUAUGGCUUUUUAUAAGCCUUAUUUCUUGCCCCAUCAUUUUAAAUGUUAAGGUGAUAAAAGUAGGAAGGUUGUGUUGUUCAUUGGGGGGGGGGGGGAGGGAAACAUCACCACUUGCCCAGGAAGAAAUACCAUUUUGUACUCUGUGAAUUUCAUAAUUGGGGAACUCCGCUCUGGAUGACUUCAGUGUCUAUUGUUUUCGUGCCUACUACAAAUGGCUGGCAAGUUCAAGACCUUCCUUACAAUGGGAAUGGCAAAACGUUGGCCUUCCAGGCGUUGGAAUCCACCAGCCAUCAGCUCUAGUCACCAUGGCCAAUGACCAGGAAUGCUGGGAGUUGUAGUCUAAGAACAUCUGGAAGGCCACAGGCUCCCCACCCUGGUCUUUAAAGAUCAGUCUCUUUUUUGGACAGGGAUAGGGUGCUCUGGUUUCUUAUGAUUUCAUUGACUGGCCACUCUGGGAACAUGGGAAGCCAAGCUAAAUUGACUGGGGAGAGGGGUUGGAAUGUGACCACCACACACACACACACACACACACACACACAAAUGGUGGAGAACAUUUGGAGACAAUUCUAGAAAGUGGCCUGUUUCUCUAGAGAGAUGAGAAACAGAAGAAUCUCAGAGAUUUGGCUCAUUAAAAAUGUCUUCUGGGGAAGGAGAUUACUUCUUAGGUAUAUAGGGCUUCAGCUGCUUAGAGCUUCAUAAAUCUCAGUAAGUAGCUUGGAAGAUUAUAUGGUCCCACACAAGAUAAAUGAGAUUGGUAAGAUGUUCUCAGAGAUACCUUUCCUCUUGAGGAGUCUGGCUGUGUUUUUGCAACUGCUGCUGCUUUUGAACAGUCAUUAAGGUCUACCCUCAAGGCAAAAAGCAGCAUAGCAGUGUAGCCUUGAGGUUGCAAAAUACAAUUUCCCCUCUGCAGUAAAUCCCUUAUCGUUUGGUUACCUGUUUAUACAGAUGCAUGUACCCUUUCCUGUAUGGCAGGAGCAAGUUUAUUUUGCCAGAGUAGUUCCUCUGCAGGAAUCGCCUCCCAUCUUUUCACCCAUUUCCUCCUUCCCUUAAAAAUAAAAUAAAGUUUUGUCAUCAUAUAGCCAUUGCAUUCGUGCCAAGAAUCAAGCAGAGCUGUUGGACUCAGCUGUUUUGUUUUUACACACAGGUCUUACACAGCAGUGUGACUUGGAACGAGUCUUCCCUGAGCCAUUGUUUGAAAAUUUAAUGCUCUAAUGCUGUUGUCUUUAAACAUUAAUUCAUCUCAUUCUGCGCUGGCAGAUUUUGUGUGCCAAGUUACAUCUCUGGCACUGUAGAACAAGAUGAGUGGGGCAGAUCUAAUAGUCAGAACAUGGGAUUUAAAGAACUGAAAAAUUAACUGGCUUUCACCCCAAAUCUGCUGUUGACUUAUUAUUAGUUACUUAUAUUGUUACUAUUAUUUCAUUAAGACAUGUGGCAUAUCAGAGUGAUAUUAUAAUAUCACCUUACAUAUGUAAAAUUUCGCUGUUGUGCUACAGCAAUCCUGGCAGCAUCCAUUUGGUGAAAUGUCUUCAUAUCUACUAAAUCCACAUAAGAAGAGCUUAUUCCCAGCAUUUAUAUCCCACCUUUUUCUCCAGGGGGCACAUGGUUCACCCCCUCCUCAGAAAAUCCCUACAAUGACCCUGUGAGGUAGGCUAAGAGGUUGUGACUGGCCCAAGGUCACCCAGUGAGCAUCAAGACAUAGUGGGGAUUGGGACCCUGAUCUCCCAGGUCCUAGUCUGACACUUUAACCACUACACUGUGCUGCCUUCCUAGAUUACUUCUGCUAUGGGGCAGCUGUAUAAACUUAAGUAGGUAUAUAAAUAUGGGGAAAGCAAAAUAUCACUUAGAGAAGGAUCUGGAAUAUUUUCUUUUAAGCUUGAAUUUGUUUUAUUCUGGAUUGUUUUUAUUUGAUGUUUUAAUGUGUUGUAAACCGCUUUGAGAUUUUAAAAUAGAAAGCAGUAUAAAAAUGAAAUAAAAAAAAAACAACUUCUCCUGGGGAAGGCACUUAGACAUUCUGUUGUGGCGACCGUAAUCCCGGUUCAAGGUGCCGUUUGGUGAUUAGCUUAUAUAUCUGAGUUUCUGCGUGCUCUGCAUUGCAGCAAGGCUUAAUCAGGUUGUAGGACAAGGAGAGGCCUAGAUGUCUGGAUGCACAGAAAGGUGGGUUCAGGCAGGACAAAUGGGUUAGGUCUUCUACACCAAAGUCCUCUGAGACAGAGGAAGACAGAGCCACAUCUUCAGACCAGGGAGCUGAGGACCGGGACUUAUCUGGUAGCAAUGGCCCAGGGCUUGCCCUUCCAUCACCUUCUUAUUUAAUCCCAGAAGAACUCCCCUGUCCAGUCGACUGCGUGCUCUCUGCCGAUUUCUGGUUGACUGGAUUCUCUUUGCAACCUCAGUUCCGGGCGAGAGAAUUAUGCUGGCCUCGCGUUUUCCAUUGACCUUCCAUGAGGUUCAAAGAGAGAGGGGGAGAGAACGGCUUGAGAUCUCCUUUGCGUGUUUCCAUUGUAAUCUUUGUGACCUCCCCCCUCCCCACACUCCAGUUUAUUUUCUGCGAAGGCGUUAUUAGUCAGUGGAAUCGGGUUUUUCCCAAAGGGAAUGACAGAAGUGCAAACAGUCUGAGCCAAUUUAAAAAAGAAAGAAAGGGAGAAAAGGCAAGAGCACAGCACUUUAGAACUAGACGGUGCUUUGGAAAAACAACAACUCCUGUGUUUGUGGUGGUGGAGAGGAAGCACAUUAGGAUGAGGAUGGAUGCAAGGCGAUUUGCUCCCCACCCACCCAUCACUGUUGUAACUGUUCCGUGAUGCAGCUGAAACUGGGUCUUUGACAAGUGAGUUUGCAUGUUAGAACUGUAAUUAGCCUUGACAUUUCUGCCUCUUUUAUCGCCCUUGGAUGGUUUCAGAGAAGCAGAGGGCUGACAAGGGAGACAGGAUGUGUGUAUCCCUGCCUCUGAGACCUUCCUUCAGGAGGGGAUGAAGGUGGCACAUUUUAUAUCCUGUCUCCAAGGAACUGGCUGUUGUGGGUAGAAAGGGGUAGGCAGCGUCAGCGCAAAGGGUUUUGUCGCCUGAAGUGGAGCAGCAAAUGUCCCCCACCGCCAAAUCAAGGUGUGUGCAUUCGCAUCCACAUUAAAGCACAUGGCUUCCCACCCCAAAGAAUCCUGGGAUCUGUAGUUUACCACAUGGAGCUACAGUUCCCAGCACCCUUGACAAGCGGCAGUUCCCAGGAUUAUACGGGGGAAGCCAUGUGCUUUCAAUGUAAGGUAUGGAUGUGGCCCAUUAUCCGAGGCCAGUGAUUGAAUUUAGGUCGCAUGAAGGGGAAAAGUAAAGCUCACAAGCGUCUCCUUUUCCCCAAUAAUAAAGACUAAUUGGUGGUCUUUUCAUGACACUCAGAUUUAGCAGCCUGAGGCAGCCAUUUCACUCUGCCUAAUGGUAGAGGCAUUGAAACCAGCAGAGUUGACUGUUUCUGCCUACUUGCUCCUCCCUCCAGGAUUGGUUGAAGGUGAAUUAAUCCCAACCACCCAAAUUUACUUGGAGCGGGGCCUUCAGUGUGCCUGCUCUUGUUCCAUGGAACAGCAUUCCCGUCGAGAUAGAUGCUUACUAUCUGCACUAUCCAGAAACAACUGAAGACAUUUUUUCUUCCAAAGUCUAUGCGCUGCCACUCGAAAGACACCCUUAAUCCCCACCUGUCUCCCAUCAUCGAUCCCAAUCCAAUAAUAUGGGGUUUUGUCAUGGUCUCCCAUCCAAAUUCUGACCACAGCCCAACCCACUUAGCUUCAACAAGGUGUCCUCAGACCCUGGGACUGAUCUGGUGUAGGACAACUGUAACACAUGCAGCAGAUAAUAGUUUGCUCCGCCAUCUGUUGUUGUAUUGGCGAAGUAGCCUUGAAAGGAUCCAUCUUUAGCUAGGAAGAGCUGGCAAGAGCCAGCGGGUCUGCAAGAAUUUUUUUAACCCAUCUCGUCCUAUUCAAGUCUGGAAUAUGCUAGAGAUUGACUUUCGCUCUGUCCUUAUGUUUCAUUUGCUUGAAAGCUUCUGGAAAGUUUUUUUCCUUGGAUAAAUAUACUCCCAAGCUGUCCAGUUUUGUCGCAUCUGUGCCAAGCUUCUGGAAAUAGCUUCAUUAUAUGUGUGCAUGUGUGUGUGUACACAUAUAUUUAUAUGGAAUGAAUAGUUGCAAGGUUUCCCACUAAGCCUUCCUCUUUGCUGUUGGACAUAAGCAAUGGCAUCAGGUUGGCUCUUAUUUCAGACUAUGGUGGGUGCAGCAGGGCUUGGAGAAAGCAUGCCAGUAGGAGCAGAUACUCAAAUUGGCUUUCUGAGGCUAUAAAACUGUGGUGUAAUUUAUCUUAUGAACAGCCUUUGCUUAUGCACAUACAAUUUUUCCUUUGCUUCGUGCUUCCAGUGGUGGUUUUGGUGAGCACUAGACAGCAUCUUAAAAAGGAGAGACAUCACCUUGCCAACAAAGGUCCAUAUAGUAAAAGCUAUGGUUUUCCCAGUAGUGAUGCAUGGAAGUGAAAGCUGGACCAUAAAGAAGGCUGAUCGCCGAAGAAUGGAUGCUUUUGAAUUAUGGUGCUGGAGGAGACUCUUGAGAGUCCCAUGGACUGCAAGAAGAUCAAACCUCUCCAUUCUUAAGGAAAUCAGCCCUGAGUGCUCACUGGAAGGACAGAUUGUGAAGCUGAGGCUCCAAUACUUUGGCCUCCUCAUGAGAAGAGAAGACUCCCUGGAAAAGACCCUGAUGUUGGGCACAAGGAGAAGGGGACGACAGAGGACGAGAUGGUUGGACAGUGUUCUCGAAGCUACUAACAGGAGUGCCUGGCGUGCUCUGGUCCAUGGGGUCACGAAGAGUCAGACAUGACUAAAUGACUAAACAACAACAACAACUGCGGCAAAGCGAUUCAGGCAACUCUCUUUCCUCCAGCCGUUAUUUAUGCAAGUGGCCAUAUUUUCUGGGGCUGAUGGGAGUUGUAGCUCAGCAACAUCUGGAUGGCCUAGAGGUUCCCCACACCUGGCUUAGCACAGCAGGCCAAAUGGUACAUCCAGCUCUGUCGCCCUCACACAUUGCUGUUACUCCUUGCUCCCCAGCACCUAUGGCCUAAGCUGCUUGCCUGCCAUAUACCUAACGGUAGGGCUGGCCCUGCAAGCUGAUGCGUUUUCUCUCUCUUAAUUACGUGUUAGUCAAAGCCUUGCAAAGUACCAUGUGACAGCGCGUCUCGUCCUGAUUGCUCCCAGCAGCAACUGUCUACAUGGAUAUUGCAUCACAGUUUCAUCUUCUAGCAAGUGACCUAUGCCAGCCUUUCAAAACUAACAAGAAGUGACUGUUUGUGAGCUCUGUAACCCCUCUGGGAAACACAUCUUUAUGCAAAGCUGAUGGCAGAACACUCUGCAAGCAGAAACACCCCCCCCCAAAAAAAAACCACCCCUCGGAGCUCUUAAAAGCAGGAUGUUCCAAGUGUGUAAACCUAGCUACAAGCUCCCUCAGAGCAAGAAUAGCUGUCUUAAUAUAUCCCCCCACUUGUCUGAUUAUUUCUGAAGCACAGUAUUGUUUUAACAUAUUGAGAGAACGAGGACAUUCGCUACAAUUCUGUGAUUCCAUGAAUUGGUUUGGUCAGUGUGUUUGGCCAGUGUUCAAGACAGUUUAAACCGAAAGAAUGAGUGAAGGAACAUCUCCAUCCCCAUCAUUCAGCCCGGACACUGAGGUCCUCCUCUGAAGGUCUUCUGCUGGUUCCCUCACUGCGAGAAGUGCGAUUACAGGGAACCAGGCAGAGGGCCUUCUCAGGGGCGGAGCUACCUGUCCCAGCACCUGCAGCGGUGUGGGGACGGGGCUAGCUGGCCACACGGCGAAUGUCCCUAGUGGCCUACCGCCCAUGCAGCAAGCGUCUGGGGGUGCUGCCCGUGCGGUGAGCAUCCGGGGGCGCCGUGCAGUGAGGGGGGGGCGGCGCGGCAAUGUCACCCACCCUCACGGCUGACACCCGGUACGCACCACACUGCACCCCCGCACUCGCCUUCCUCCACCAGUGGGCCUUCUCGGCCGUGGCGCCCGCCCUGUGGAACGCCCUCCCAUCAGAUGUCAAGGAGAUAAACAACUAUCUGACUUUUAGAAGACAUCUGAAGGCAGCCCUGUUUAGGGAAGUUUUUAAUGUUUGAUGUUUUAUCGUGUUUUUUAUAUUUUGUUGGGAACCGCCCAGAGUGGCUAGGGAAACCCAGCGAGAUGGGUGGGGGGUAUAAAUGAUAAAUGAUGAUGAUGAUGAUGAUGAUGAUGAUGAAAAACAUUUACAGCCAAAAGAAAGAUGUCCUAGUAUUGUGGGGCUGUGAAAUUUCAGAAACUCCCCGACACACAUGAAAACUGUACAGUUAUACACGGGGCUGUAAUUCCAUUUACCCAGAGUUGCCAAGCCUGCAAGGGUGCCACUGAGAUUUCAUUUUUAAAAAGAAGCUAGUCUACCAGAGGUAACUAAAGCAGCACACAAUUUAAUCACAAACUGCAGUUAUUUCUUCUUCCUUUUAAUUACUUUAAAUUGCCCCGCCUCUCUUCUAGGAGCUUAAAGCACUUCUGUGGAUUCUCUCUCCCUCUUUCCAACCUAUUUUAUUCUCAGAGAUUCAGACCCAAGGUCAUUUGUGAGCUUCAUAGCUGAGCAGAGAUUUGAACUGUUUGGUUUUUUUAAAAAAAUCAAGAGCUAUCUGAAGAUCCAGGGGUGGAAAUAACUAAGAACAUUUAAAAAGGAUUGCCUCUCCAAUUUGUUACACUAUGUACCAGCUUGGAGGUCAUAACAAACAGUUCCUCUCCUCCCCUCCUCUCUCCUCCUUCAGUGUGGCCACAAGGAAAUCAGAUUUUGCUCCCAUUUUUUAAUAACCACAGUUUAGUGUCACACCUGAACCCUAAGCUGUAGCUAAUUGUAACUGUGAUUUGUUGAAACAAACUGGGUUCAUAGCCCAUGACUGUGAAAUUCCCUUAAAUUAAAUAUGGUGCUAUAAUGGUGCUUAUAUUAAAAAAAAGAAAGGAGGUAUUUCUUUUGACAAUGAGUCAGAUACAUAUAGAACUGGAAAAUGAGCCACUACAAACAUUGUUGUUUCAUUGAAGGCAGGGUCUGUGUGUGUGUGUGUGUGUGUGUGUGUGUGUGUGUGUGUGUUACAUCCAUCUGCUGGCAUUUUUGUGUUGCCUAAGCAAAUAUUGCCGCAGCUUCCUGUGGUGCAUGAUUUAAAGCUAUGCACCCAUUAUUUGUAUGUACCAGCGUAAAGAAAGUAAUUUUAGAUAAAGGCCAUGUUUUAAUAGGACUGUAAAUCUAGCAAAUGUAUUUACAGGCAAGCAACUUCUUUUGAGAUCUUUCCAGCAGAUAAACAUUGCAAUUUCCUCACAUUACAGAGACAAAACAAAAACAAAAUAAGCACCUAUACAUAGAGCCAAAAAUGAGCAGCAUGUUGCUUCAGUUUUAAAAAUCUACACUCCAGUGACUACUUUCAAGCAUCGCAAUUUGGGGCUAAUCAAAUUUGUUUGUGUUCAGUUCUUGCAUACUAAAAGUGCAGCAUAAAUAUAUUCAUACUCAGACGUAAUAUUCAGCUCCAAAGAAAGACGGAGGGGGGGUAAUAUGACACAAUGCCCAAUAACUGUGCAGGCUCAGAGUUUUUGUAGCAUAUAGAUAAAAUUCACACAGCAUGUGCAGUCAUAGUAUUAAAUCACUGGAAACUGAACAGGAGGCCAGUUGACUCAUCUGUUUUCCAUACAUGAACUGAGCAAUGAACAUAUGUGUCAGAGCUGGCUCCAGGUCCCAGCUCACAGAGGACCAACGCUAGCCGGCAGUAAUGUGCAAAAGUCUUUAUUGAAGUACAGUUUCCAUUUUCAAGCCGGAGCGCCCCAGCUCUACGUCUAGGGGUUAGAUCGGCGAAGCUCCAUCUGAGUCUCCGCCCCCUGUACACCAGUUUAAGAUUCUAGCCUUACUCCACCUCUUACGUCUCUCCUUUCUCCUCUGGGUCCUGCUACCCCCCGGGGUCCCUUCCUUCCUGGAUUCUUCUGACGCUGACCCUCCUGACUCCUCCCCCUCUUUUCGGCGGGCUUUGGGACCUGGCUCCCUAUCCGGGCUGCCAACUGCGCCGCCCUCCUGUACAUUUGAACUUGGCGCGCGCGCCCAGCCUUCAACCUUCCUCUCGACCGUUUCCUCGCUCCCCGAUGGAGGCGUGGCCAAUCCUGACUCAUGUCCUCCCACUGGCAGUGCGCCGCCUGAUCCCGAUGCCUGGGACUCCUCCCCCCUACUGCACUCUGGUGUGGACGCUGGUCCUGAUUUCCAACUGCUGCUCUCUGAGUCCCCUCUGGCCCCUUCUUCCUGGGGUGUCCCCUCGGCACCCCCUUGCUCUGACCAAGGGAGCCCCUUUCUGUGAAUCUUCCGAUUCGCUGGAAAGACUCAGAGACCUCGGACCGCUGUCAUCGCUAACAUUUCCUUCGGACUCCUCCCCUCGCUCUCUAUUUCCUCCCUUUCCUGUGCCUCUGCUCCUGAACCCCUGACAUCCAUCCCCCUCGAAGCCCCCCUUCCCCCUCCCCUCCUUCAGGUGUGGGUACUGGGUGCUCCGUCGUUGUGGGGGUGAGUGCCGGAUACAGUUCGUUCCCCGUGGCGUGCAUCCAGCCGGAUAAGUCCGGCUCGUCCUCCGUGCUCUCGCCGACCUCAAUUUCCUCUGCUUCCAUCUCUUUGCCGCCGUGCUCGAACCCAAGGUCCUCCCCCAACACGUCCAUGUCCGUCUCUCCCCGGUCUCCUCCGGGGACGUUGCCUGCCAAGGACCCCCCAACCACUUCCUGCGCCACUGCUCCUCUGGUUGAUUGUCCCACCAAUAGGAACGGUCUGAGGCAGACCCCGAGGGUGAUCCCUCCGGGGAACGUGUUUCUAGUGCCGGUUCCUCGUCCGAGGUGAACCCCUGGAAUGUGCUAGCUGAAAAUGUGGGUGUGAAAAGCCAGUCGUCGAAAUACUCGGCUGGCAUGGGCCUGUGUGGGAAAAGGGCAUGGAACUCGUCCUUAAGCCAAGAUUCCUCCAGAGCAUAAUCUGGCACCCAACUGUUGGCGCUAGCCGGGUACCUUCCUUGGCGAGGAGGUAUUCCACUCCCUCCUCCCCCAUCUCGAGUCUAAAAUCUCUGUGACUUCGUUGACGGGUUCCCGCCUUGGCGACCCCCCCCUUGUGGGCGUUUCCCUGAACGGGUCUGGUGCCGUUCCUGGCUCCUGAAAUCUAUGAGGUGCUUUGUAGGGCGUGAGCACUGAUCUAUGGAAAACUGGGUGCAUUCUGGAUCCCUCCGGCAGUGUCAACCGGAAGGCCACUGGAUUGACCUGUGCCUCGACUUGGUAGGGUCCUAGCUGCUUAUGCCCUAGCUUCUUCUUCGCUAACGAUCUGGCCGGCACUGCCUGGGCUGCUAACCAAACCCAGUCUCCCACCUGUAUGUCUUCCCCAACCCUUCUGUGCUUGUCAGCCUGCAGUUUGUAUGCGUGCUUUGCUAGUUCUAACUGCCUCCGAAGCUGUUCGUGAACCUCCUGCAACUCUGAUGCUAAGGCUUCCGCUGCCUGUGGCUCCCCUCCCCCUCUCUCGCUAAUCCCGGGAAGGUUCUGGGAUGCCUCCCGUUGUUGGCGAAGAACGGUGUCACCCCGUGGACACGUGCUUCGUGUUGUUGUAGGCGAACUCAGCGAGCGGCAGGUAGUCCACCCAUGUUGCCGGCUGCUGAUUUGCGUAGCAUCGCAGGUACUGCUGCAUGAUGGCGUUGACUCGCUCCGCUUGUCCGUUCGUCUGCGGGUGUCUCGCCGACGCUAGGUUGAUCUUGACGUUCAGGAAACCCAUCAGCUUCUGCCAGAAGUUCGAGAUGAACUGUCGCCCCGGUCGGACAGGAUAGACCGUGGCAGACCGUGAACCCUGAACACGUGGUCUAUGAACAGUUUGGCGGUCUGUUCCGCCGUGGCCACCUUCGCGCACGGAAUGAAGUGGGCCAUUUUGGUGAACAUGUCCACCACCACUAGCACUGCCGUCUUGCCCCUCGAGCUGGGUAGAUCCGUGACAAAGUCCAGGGCCACCCUCUCCCACGGUUCGAUCGGUGUCUGCAGCGGUUCGAGCAGUCCCGCCGGCGGUUUGUGCACUGACUUGGCCCUUUGGCAGGUGUCGCACCUCGAGACGUAAUCCGCGACUUCCCCCGCAUCUUGGGCCACCAAAAAUCUCUGGCUACUAAUUCUACCGUCUUCUCUUUGCCAAAGUGCCCGGCGGUGGGUGCGUCGUGCAACUGCUGCAGUACUUUCGCGCGGAGGUCGUCUCCCGGUACGUAGAGGGCCCCUCUGCGGAUGAGCAAUCCGUCGCGUAUCUGGAACUCGUCGUCCUCCGCCGUGCCCCUUUGCACCUCUGCCAUCUUUGCUUGCGCGAAGGGGUCCUCCUGCAGUGCUCGACGUACAGCAUCCAGGUCCACGGUUGCUGAAGCGCACGCCCACGCUUUCGGUGCGAAAAUGUGCUUGGCCGCUGCUGGUGCCGCCUCCUCGAGGUAUUGCGGCUUUCUGGACAGUGCAUCCGCCAUGAUGUUGUUGUCGCCUGGGAUGUACUCUAUCCUGAAGUCGAAAUCCGCAAAGAACUCCGCCCAUCGUAUGUGCCUCUGGUUCAGGAACCUUGCCGUGCGCCAGUACUCCAGGUUUUUAUGGUCCGUGCGGACCUGCACUGUGUGUUUGGCUCCAAUGAGGAAGUGCCGCCACGCCUUGAAUGCUGCAUGAAUGGCCAGCAACUCCCUGUCCCAGAUGGUGUAGUUCUGCUCUGACUUGCUGAGCUUCCUGGAGUAGAAGGCACACGGUCUCCAGUCCCCAUGCGGGUCUUGCUGCAACAGUACUGCUCCCACGGCUCUGUCUGAGGCGUCCGUUUCAACCCUCAUCGGUCUGCUGGGAUUCACAUGCAGUAGCUGCUCUUCGGACGAGAAGAGACGCUUGAGUUUCUGAAAGGACUGUUCCGCUUGCUCCGUCCAGAUGAACUUCUUCUUCUUGGAGCUGAGUGUGUCGGUAAUGGCUGCCGUCUGCAUCGCGAACCCCUUGAUGAACUUGCGGUAAAAGUUGGCGAAACCGACAAACCGUUGGACCUCCUUCCGAUUGCGCGGGCUCUUCCAGUCCAACACUGAGCGAACCUUGGCGCUGUCCAUGGCGAGCCCCUUGUCCGACAACUUGUAGCCCAGGAAAUCUACUUCCUUCAUGUCGAACUGGCACUUUUCCAGCUUGGCGUACAGCCUGUGCUCCUGCAGUCUCUGCAGAACUUCCUUGACGUCUCCCUCGUGGGCCUCCUCUGAUUCUGAAAAUAUCAGGAUGUCGUCCAGGAAGCAGACGCAUUUCUUGUAGAGGAGACCCGCCAAUACGUGAUGCAUGAAGGCUUGAAAACAGUGGGAGCCAUUUUGUAAUCCAAAGGGCAUAACUCUGUAUUCAUAGGUGCCCAGGGGCGUGAACAUGGCAGUCUUCCAUUCGUCGCCCUCCCGCAUGCGAAUCAGGUUGUACGCCCCUCGCAGAUCCAACUUUGUGAAAACGCGUCCUUUCCUCACCGUUGCGAGCAGGUCAUCUAUCUUGGGCAUGGGAAAGGCUGUGGGCUUGGUUUUUGAGUUCAAAAUUCUAUAGUCCACCACAAGCCUUUUUUGGGGCGUGUCCUUCUUCUUCACAAAGAAUACAGGACUGCCCCCACUGCCUUCGACUCCCGGAUGAAACCGCGCUUCAAGUUGAGGUCUAUGAACUCCCUGAGUUCCUGCAGCUCGUCUUCGGACAUGGAAUACAGUUUCCCGGUUGGCAGCGUCGCCCUGGCAGGAGGUCAAUCUUGCAGUCAUAAGACCUGUGGGGAGGUAGCUUGUCCGCUUCCUUCUCGCAGAAAACCUCCAAAAACGCUGCGUACUUGAGUGGCACUGCUUGCAGCGUGCCUAAUUGUAGCUGCGGGUCAUCCUCUUCCCCUUCCGGGCUAGGCAGAAUGCAAUGUUCCGCACAGUAUGAGGAGCCGAAGGUCAGUUGUCGCUGGUACCACGCCAAUGCUGGGCUGUGCCUGUGCAGCCAACUCAUGCCUAAUACUAUAGGCGUGUCCGACAGUUGGGUGACAUUGAAGCUGAUGACUUCUCGGUGAUUCCCAAUUUGCAUCACCAUCGGAGGCGUUUGCUGCACCACCUGCCCCCCCAGCAAUUCCCUGCCAUCCACCGUGACAACUUUCAGAGGCAGCGUGGCUGGCAGGAGUGCUAUGUUGUGCUCUUGAAGGAAAUCCAGUCCUAUGAAGUCUGCGUUACUACCAGAGUCAAUGGUAAUCGGCACUUCCAUAGUGAGUCCAUUGGGUAGUUGGAGCGAUGCUGUGAGCUGCACCACUGGUUUGGGCGGGAGGGGGUCUGUGGGCUGCAAAAUCUCUGGGGACGGCUUCAUUGACUUGUCUGGUUGGGCCCCAGUGCCUCUUCCUCCAACCAGACUCUGUCGUUUCCCUGCUGUGUUUCUCUCUGCUGAGUUGCUUCUGUUACUGUUGCUGAGGCUGCAGUGUGCUUGUGGAGCCUCUGGGGACACUCUUUCGCCAUGUGCUGAGCACUGUCGCAGAUGUAGCACUUCCUGUUCCCUCUAGGAGGCUUCGCUUUGACUGCUCCCGGUGUUAAGGCUCUGGUUGUUGACUGAGCCCUGGCGCCUCCAAUCUCCAUCGGUUGCUCUCCCCCUCCUUGCGGAGGUGGGGAUUGCACACGCGCUGUAUCCUUGGGAAAGAGGGGAGGUGCUCUCACUGGCGUACGUCCCCAACGUCCUUCUUCUCUGUUCCAUGGACGUUCUUCCAGACGCACCCCAAUUUGCAGCGCCCGCCGGACAACCUCCUGAGUGCUCUUUGGUCUCUCCCCCCUUGCAAUCUCAUCUUUCACAUUUGCAUUCAAGCCUUCCCAAAAAAAGGUCUCUGACUGGGGCAGAAUCCUUCUCCCAUCCCAGCGCAUGGACUAAUGCAAAAAGCGGGAAUGGUACUGCCUUACACUGGCUCUGCCUUGUUUGAGCCCAUGUAUGUCUUUUCUGGCGAUAUCAAUGUCUAUAUUUGAUAAAAAACACGAAUCCAUCGCUUUAAUGAAUGCAUCCGCAUUUUGGAGCGCCGGAUCCUUAUCUCUCCACAGAUUGCGCAGCCACGCUUUAGCUUCCCCAUGCAAAUGGGACAAGAUAAACCCCACCUUCUCUUGCUCAUCUCUAAAGUCUUUAUCCAGCAGUUCCAGCGCAAACAGCACGUCUGCUCGGAAGUUAGGGUACUGCUGCAAAUUCCCAUCGAAAUGAGAUACCAGGCUGCCUCCUCUUUUCCCCAGCCCAAUCCCCUCUGAUUUGGGUCCCGGUUGCCCCUGCUUAGCAAGCACUUCCAACCUGGCUUGGAGAUCCCUGCAGGCGGCAGCCGCUUCCUCUUCCCUUUUCCUGGAUGCGAGUACCUCCGCGUUGAGUUGUGUCACUGCAUUUUGCAGGGCUGCUAGUUGCUGUUCUGUAGUCAUCUUGCCUGACUUUUGUGAGCUCGCAAAGCACCAAUCUUCUUCCCUCGCUGCGUCCACUCACGUUACGAGGUUUUUGGUGCAAAACUUUAUGAGAUGGAGCUUACUGUCAGAGCUGGCUCCAGGUCCCAGCUCACAGAGGACCAACGCUAGCCGGCAGUAAUGUGCAAAAGUCUUUAUUGAAGUACAGUUUCCAUUUUCAAGCCGGAGCGCCCCAGCUCUACGUCUAGGGGUUAGAUCGGCGAAGCUCCAUCUGAGUCUCCGCCCCUGUACACCAGUUUAAGAUUCUAGCCUUACUCCACCUCUUACGUCUCUCCUUUCUCCUCUGGGUCCUGCUACCCCCCGGGGUCCCUUCCUUCCUGGAUUCUUCUGACGCUGACCCUCCUGACUCCUCCCCCUCUUUUCGGCGGGCUUUGGGACCUGGCUCCCUAUCCGGGCUGCCAACUGCGCCGCCCUCCUGUACAUUUGAACUGGGCGCGCGCGCCCAGCCUUCAACCUUCCUCUCGACCGUUUCCUCGCUCCCCGAUGGAGGCGUGGCCAAUCCUGACUCAUGUCCUCCCACUGGCAGUGCGCCGCCUGAUCCCGAUGCCUGGGACUCCUCCCCCCCUACUGCACUCUGGUGUGGACGCUGGUCCUGAUUUCCAACUGCUGCUCUCUGAGUCCCCUCUGGCCCCUUCUUCCUGGGGUGUCCCCUCGGCACCCCCUUGCUCUGACCAAGGGAGCCCCUUUCUGUGAAUCUUCCGAUUCGCUGGAAAGACUCAGAGACCUCGGACCGCUGUCAUCGCUAACAUUUCCUUCGGACUCCUCCCCCUCGCUCUCUAUUUCCUCCCUUUCCUGUGCCUCUGCUCCUGAACCCCUGACAAUAUGUAUUUAAAUGCAGGGCCAGCCCUGCCGUUAGGUAGUUCAAAGCAAUGGCUUCAGGUUGCAGAUGUCGUGGGGGCAAGAUGAUGGAUGGUAGAACUGUGUGGCUUACUCUGCGCCCCCUGAGCCACCCUGCUUCCCUCAGAUGUUUAAGUACAGUGGACGCUCUGGUCGCGAAUAUGAUCCGUGCAGGAGGCACGUUCGCAACCAGCAGCUUUCACAACCUGCAGCGCCGCGUCUGCACAUGCGGAAAGCACGAUUUAGCACUUCUGCACAUGUGCGACUGCCGAAACCCGGAAGUAACCAGUUUCGGUGUAUCCGCAACCCAAAAAAAUGAAACCUGAAGCGUCUGUAACCCGAGGUAUGACUGUACUGACCUCUGCUCUCCUAACUAGCUGGUUGAAUAAGUUUCUGCUUAGUGAAUGACUACAGCCAGGGGCCGCCCAUCCCGUUUUGCCGCCUGAGGUGAAACGGGAAGCUACCGCCCACUACCCUUGCAGCCGCCAGAGCCUCACUUAUCCAGGGUCACAUAGAUGCAGCUUCCGGGUUCCAGCAAGAUUGCAUGGAGGCCUCCAGAGAUCUCAUGUGACCUUUUCAAGACCUGGUAAAUGAAGCCCAUUGCGGCUGCAUCUACUUCUCUCUGCUUCUGCUGGUGGCCAUGGAGGUGCCCUUUGGAUUCUACCACUUGUGGCAGCUGCCUCAGUCUGCCUCAUGGCCAUGACUACAACAAUCGUUGCACAUUACUCCCGAGUAGAUGCUAAGCAUGCUGAAUGGAGAUCGCAGCUGUGCAUUUUAGCCCCAUUCCAAAAGUCACACUCCAUGCAUAAAAUUGUCUCCAUGCAUCUCCUGGCUGCAGAGAUUAUCUUGACCAUGUUGACGGUAAACAGUAGGGCCGGCUGGGUCUACACCUUUGCUGGCCAUGUUCAGGGUAGGCUCUGCAACAGGGAGUCUUCUCUAUGCGUGGAUGCAAUUGGCAAGGGCUCUAAAUCACAGGGGAGCAUAGAGAAAGCUGCCCAUUGCAGGUGCUCUCUUUCACAUGAUAGCAGGAAAAGGAGGAGGAGGAGGAGUGUGGCUUUGGGGGGACAGUGGUAAAGGUGCAGCCCCCAAACUCCACACUUAUUUUUUCACAUGCAAGUACAGUAAUUAACAAAGAAGGCUCUGUGUCCUUGUGGAAAUGGAGAUAUAGAAUCUAUUGGCUAUGUCCGUUAACACUACAGUUACAGACAACAGAGGCUGAUUCUUCCUUUAAUAAGAACCUAGAAAAACCACUGAAACUGAUAUCUUUCUAUUUAACUGACGACUAUUUAUGUCCCAGAUAAGGUUGCUGAAUUCUUUCUAUCUUCCAAUACAAAUUAGGAAGCAGAUGGUAAAUUAAGAACCUAAUUCUAUAAAUGUGUAUACGUGUAUGUGUGUCUAUAUCUGUACAGUUGUACCUUGGAAUUCGAACGGAAUUCGUUCCGGAAGUCCGUUUGACUUGCAAAACGUUCGAAAACCGAAGCGCUUCUUCUGAUUGGCUGCAGGAAGCUCCUGUAGCCAAUCAGAAGCCCCAUCAGACAUUUGCAAACCGAAACAGUUAUUUCCUGGAUUGCGACAUUCGGGAGCCAAAACGUUCGGGAACUAAGCUUUUCAGCUUCCAAGGUACAACUGUAUAUUGAUAUCUGUUGGUAUCAAAUUAGAGCAUUCAUUUAUCCAUUUCAUUGGGGCGUUGUUGGAAUUGUGUAUGAGCCAGAGCCGUGGGGGCCGAGGUCCCUUUGCUGCCCCCCCCCCCAGUAAAAUAUUUGAGGGAGCUGUGGACAUCCUGUGAGCUUCUGUGCUAGUCCAUCACCACCUUGAGAGACAGGUCCCUUGUCUUCUUUAUAGAACAUUAUUUUUUAUUAAAUAUUUCAGGGAACUCCCAAUUGCUGUUCCCUGAAUGAAACUCUAGCCUGGGUGCAUAAGGCAGAGGUAGCCACCCGGGUGCCCUUCAGACAUUGUUGGACUACAACUCCCAUCAGCCUCAGCCAGCAUGGCCAGUGGGAUAAUGGGAGUUGUAGACACUGCCCAGAUCCAGACCUGAUUAGCUUUAGCAAUGUGGUGCUUUUUUUACAAAAAGGAGAGGCUUUGAAGCCCAGGAGCUCCGGGAUUUCAUGUUGUGGUAGCAGCAGAGUUUUGUUCUUUUACCUGGGAUACAGAAGUAUAUAUUCCAGCUGUAAACAGGGAAAUAAAUAAAUAAAUAAUGUACCAAUGUCCCAGUUUGGAAAACCAAGUCUUAAAAUAGCCCCCUCCCCUCUCCUCCCUUGUUCUUCCAUUCAUCAAAAGCCUAAGUUCUGAAAUCAUCUUGGAAUUUUGCUAUUAAUAAAGCAGGCUACAUUCAUCUUAAAAUUAGCCGUUAUUGUGCAUAUCACUUUCACAGCCAGGCGAGCUCUCGAUAACUUAUAAACUUAUAUCUCUCAACGUUUCAUCUAUUUUUACAUUUCUCCAAGCUCCAGUGAGUCACAGCCAACAUUACAUAACAACAACACCCCCCAAUUAAAAGUCUGGAAUUAAGCUUGCAGGCAGGUAUUAAUAUAUUUGGUUUAGAGCUGUGCACAGGAACAUCUAGACCCACCCAUAUUAUUAUUAUUAUUAUUAUUAUUAUUAUUAUUAUUAUUUUAUUUAUACCCUGCCCAUCUCGCUGGGUUGCCCCAGCCGCUCUUGUCAGCGCAGUGGUACCUCGAGUUACAAACGCCUCAGGUCACAAAGGCUUCAGGUUACAAACUCCGCUAACCUGGAAGAGUUACCUCGAGUUGAGAACUUUGCCCCAGGAUGAGAACGGAAAUAGUGUGCGGCAGCAGGAGGUCCCAUUAGCUAAAGUACGCCUCUAGUUAAGAACAGUUUCAGGUUCAGAACAGACUUCUGGAACGAAUUAAGUUCGUAACUAGAGGUACCACUGUAUUCUCUACUCUUGACAGGCAGUAGCUCCAUGGCUUCAGGAAGAUGAUCUUUCUGAUCCUUUCAACAGGAGAUACCAAAGAUUGAACCUGCAUGAAAAGCAUGUGCUCUGCUAGUGAGUCAUGCAUUGCUUUUUUUUUUUUUAAAAAAAACACCUUUAUUUUCUUCAACCUAAGGGCAGGGGAGGAAGGAAUGGAGUGGCUUCGAUGAGGGCAUGGCCGGCCAGGAUUUCAAGUGUAGCCUUAUGAGGCUUUGCCCUCGGGUGGGAAAAAUAUUGCGCCUGGGAAAGGGAAGUGGGAGUCAACAGACACUCAAGGAAUAGUUUCGGAGAAAAAGCUUUUAUUUCUACCAUCUAUGAACUGGUAGAAGGAGCAAGUGUGGUAACUCACAAAAAGCAUGCACCAGUUCACAGUCAUGUGCACAGAACAUAUAUACCCCUUCCAGUUUCCUCCCCCUUUCUCCUCCUGCUUCCAGAGUCCUGCCCCAUGAGUUCCUCUGAGCAUGAACAGAAAGCUGUCUUGGGACUAUGGGACUCUUGGCACCCUUCCCAGGAAAAGGCGAAUGAAAGCGUUUCAGCAUGUCCAAAGAUGUUGCAACCGAAUGAGAUAAGAUUCGUUUCUCAGGCCUGCUUUGAACAGAGCCUAUUCAUUAGCCUUUAAAAGUAACAUUUUGCCUAUGCACAGCAUCUUGUGAGAAAAGCAGAGAAGAGCAGAGAAAAGCUGUUUUGGAUUUUUAGAAGUCAAAAGGGAAUUUUGGAUAGUUUGGAGGCCUGGGGUGAUUUCACAGACAGGAUUUGGGUAUCCUGUCCCUUCACAAGCAGCACUUUUAUUAGGAAAAAGGAAAUGCAACAUUUCCCUCUUCGUGGGGAAUAUCUUUGGGAAUAUCAGUUCUUGUGAGGGGAGUACGUAUCAGCUCUACGAGGGGAAUAGGGGUGUGCUUGCCUCCUAACAACCCCACGGAGGACCUCAAGGUCCAUAAAUAGCAACACCCUAGUGGUCCCGGGCCCUAAGGAAGUUAGAUUAGCCUCAACCAGAGCCAGGGCCUUUUCAGCACUGGCUCUGGCCUGGUGGAACUCUCUGCCUCAUGAGACCAGGGCCCUGCGGGAUCUGAUUUCUUUCCGCAGGGCCUGUAAGAUAGAGUUGUUCCACCUGGCCUUUGGCUUGGAAUUAACUUGAUCCCCUCCUCCUCUUUCUUUUUUCCUUUUUCCUUCUGUGAUGGAACUCCUACUUGGGGACUUCCCUGGCUUUUUUCUCGCCCAUGUAGGACCAGUCUGGAUAGUUAGCCUUGGUGAAGGCUAACUAUCCCCCAAAUUUUUUUUGAGUUUCUGCUGAAAUGAGGCUGCAUUUUAAUGUUGUAUUUUAAUCUUGUUUUUAAAGUUGUAUUUCAAUCAAUUGUUUUAUAUCUGGUGUUAGCCACUCUGAGCCUGGUCUUGGCUGGGGAGGGCGGGGUAUAAAUAAAAUUUAUUAGUAGUAGUAUUAUUAUUAGUAGUAUUAUAACAACUCUCAACAGCCUUCAUAAGCUAUACUCCCAGACAUAGCUUAUAUUUUCCCAUACAGCUUAGUGGUGCGUUGCGCCAGGGCGUCGGCCUAUCAGGGGCGCCCCAGCGAGUGGGAGAGCUGCGCAGCUUUGCCGGCUGCCUCCCCUUUCCCUGCAUGCCCGGCAGCUGCGCCCCGUCAAACAUAUGGCUGGCGGGCGUGCAGCUUGCCUCCCAAGCCUCAAAGUGUAGGUGCUGACCUAUAAAGCCCUAAACGGCCUUGACCAGUAUACCUGAAGGAGCGUCUCCACCCCCAUCGUUCUGCCCAGACACUGAGGUCCAGCGCCGAGGGCCUGCUGGCGGUUCCCUCGCUGUAAGAAGCCAUGUUACAGGGAACCAGGCAGAGGGUCUUCUCGGUAGUGGCACCCAGCUUGUGGAACGUCCUCCCACCAGAUGUCAAGGAAAUAAACAACUAUCUGACUUUUAGAAGACAUCCGAAGGCAGCCCUGUUUAGGGAAGCUUUUGAUGUUUGACAGUCUAUUGUAUUUUAAUAUUUUGUUGGAAUAUUUAUAUUUGGAAUAUUAAUAUUUUGUUGGAAUAUUUAUAUUUGGAAUAUUAAUAUUUUGUUGGAAUAUUUAUAUUUGGAAUAUUAAUAUUUUGUUGGAAUAUUAAUAUUUGGAAUAUUAAUAUUUUGUUGGAAUAUUAAUACAGUGGUGCCUCGCAAGACGAAAAGAAUCCGUUCUGGGAGUCUCUUCGUCUAGCGGUUUUUUCGUCUUGCGAAGCAAGCCCAUUGACGGAUUAGCGGAUUAGCGCUAUUAGCGCUAUUAGCGGCUUUAGCGGCCUUUAGCAGCUUAUCAGCUUAUCGGAUAAGCAGAUAAGCGGCUUAGCGACUUAGAAAAGAGGGGGGGAAAGGGGGAAAAAGAACGCAGGAACUCGCAAGACAUUUUCGUCUUGCGAAGCAAGCCCAUAGCAGAUUCGUUUUGCGAAGCACCUCCAAAACGGAAAACUCUUUCGUCUAGCGAGUUUUCCGUCUUGCGAGGCAUUCGUCUUGCGGGGCACCACUGUAUUUUGUUGGAAUAUUAAUAUUAGGAAUAUUAAUAUUUUGUUGGAAUAUUUUGUUGGAAUUAUAUGGCUGGCGGGUGUGCAGUUUGCCUCCCAAGCCUCCGCGGGGAUUGCUCUCCCGCAGCGGCAUGGGGAAGAGUUGCGCGCGCACCCCCCCCCCCAUGGCUGGCAGUGCGCAGCUUCGCCGCCGCUCACACUAUCCAUGGUAAUUUGGGGGCGCUGAGCGGAUAUUUGCACCCCGGCACCGCAUCUGCUAAAGACGGCCCUGCUCCCAGAAUUCUUUGGGGGAAGCCAUGACUGUUAUCACCAAGUGAUACGAUGGUGCUUUAAAUUUCUGGUGCGAUUGGAGCCACAGUAUGGCUGGCAGGGGUCCUCCAGGGUUUCAGAGGGGGGGCAUUUCCAGCCUUGCCUAGAGAGGCUGGGGGUUGAACCUGAGGCCUUCUGCAUGCAAAGAAGAUGCUCUUCCACUGACCUAUGGCCCUUCUUCCAGGCAUUUGACUUGUUUAUGUAAUUUUUUUUGCACCUUGGGUGCUAUUCAGCAGAAAGGUGUGAUAGAAGCACUUUUAUAAAUAGAUACAAUUCCCCUCCCUCAAUUCUGUCCUUGCUGCUGCUCUGAAAGCACUGUAUACGAGAGCCAGAUAAAUCCAUCUUAAAACCACAGUGUCAAAUUAACAUAAAAACUGAAACCCACAGGAAAACACAGACAUGUAGUCUUCCUUGCCCUUUUUUUUAUCUUUACAACAACCCUAAUAAUAAUAAUUUAUUUAUACCCCACCCAUCUGGCUGGGUUUCCCCAGCCACUCUGGGCGGCUUCCAACAAAACAUUAAAAUACAAUAGACCGUCAAACAUUAAAAGCUUCCCUAAACAGGGCUGCCUUCAGAUGUCUUCAAAAAGUCUGAUAGUUGUUUUUCUCUUUGACAUCUGGUGGGAGGGCGUUCCACAGGGCGGGUGCCGCUACCGAGAAGGCCCUCUGCCUGGUUCCCUGUAACAUGGCUUCUCUCAGUGAGGGAACUGGGCAGAAUGAUGGGGGUGGAGACGCUCCUUCAGGUAUACUGGACCAAGGCCAAUUAGGGCUUUAAAGGUCAGCACCAACACUUUGAAUUGUCUUCGGAGAUGCACUGGGAGCCAGUGUAGGUCUUUCAAGACCGGUGUUAUAUGGUCUCGGCUGCCACUCCCAGUCACCAGUCUGGCCGCCGCAUUCUGAAUUAGUUGUAGUUUCUGGGUAACCCUGUGAGGUAGGUAAGACUUAGAGCAGGGAGGAGAAACCUGUGGCCCUCCGGAGGUCGUUGGACUCCAACUUCCAUCAGCAUGAGCCACCAUGGCCAAUGGUCAAGGUUGAUGGUUGUUAGAAAUCCAGUCAACCUUGUUUGGAGUUGAAGUGCAAUCAUGAAUUCCAUAUCCAUGACUAACCCAAGGUCACAUGAUGAGAGCCUCACAGCUGAACAGAGAUCUGAAUCCAUGUCUGUCUGGUCUCAAAUUCUAGGCAGGAAUCAACAAAUAUUGGAUCACCUUUGGUGUCCUGACAAAGUUUGCUCCCUCAAGGACCCCUGCAACAGGAGGGGGCUGAGACUGGAAUGGGGUUAGUUUAACCUCUGGUUUGCUAGUAAAACUGAAUUACUGUGUUGUGAAAUGAUGCAUGUCUAAAAAGCAUGCUACCAACGUGAAAAGUUUGGAAAGCUCUGCGCUUGGCCACUCUCACAUUGCUUCAAUUAUUCAGUGCAUUACCAAGGAGAGCCCUUCUGUGCUUCUGGAAUCAGUCUGGCACCUCAGAGCAUGCACACGUUUCUCCAGGCACAGAGGAAAGACAGGGGCUCAGCUCUAUUUUGCACUCCCACAAGAGCAAAAUGAGCACUUGAGAGUGGCCAGCUGGUGAAUGAGCUUGUGGAUCUUUGAGUUCUGCACUAAAGCCAUCACACCCAGUGCUUUUUUUCAGCUGGAGCAUGCUGUAUUUCAGUUCUGGCACCUCUCAAGUGGACACCAUUGCGAGCCGGCACUCCCCCUUCCCACUUUGUGCCUUUGUGUACUCCCAAGAAGCCCACAGCGAACAUUUCAAGUCAAAAUGGAAGCUGGCCAGCAUGUGCGAGUCUACACUUUUUUUAAGAUCUAUGACUGCACCUAGCUCCUAGCUAGCCAUGAUUGGUCAAGCUAUGGGGCAGGGCCCAUUCAUAUUUCCUUUUCUUCAAUCUAUCCCCCUCGUAGCAAUGGCGAGCUGUAAGCUUUGCAGCCAAGCCUCUACUGUUGCGUGCACACACGUUUGUACAAAGGCCCUUCCGAGUUGCCCUUGCCUCUGUCUGAAUCUAACAGAAUGAGGGAGACAGGGGUGCAUUUAUUUGACCUGCACCAGAACCAGGAGCAACCCCCAAACCAGCCUGUUGCUUAGAAUCACAAGUGCAGAAAAUGCUGUUGCACUGCUUUGGAGCUUCCAGUAGGAAUCUGGUUGGUCACUGUGAGAACAAGGGGCUGAAAUAAGAUGGGCUACUGGGCUGAUGCAGCGGGGCUGUUCUUACGUUUUUAAGAGGAAGAACCAGAUUGUAAUGUGUGAGGGUUUUAGCAGCUGGCCAAGAAAGCUAUGGGAGGAUCUUGGAGAUGCAUCUUGGAGGAAGUGGUUAGGACUUGGCAAAGAUAUACAAUGGCUGUUAUUGACACAGCCACCCGGCGAUACCAGCUUGACCUCACUGAUGUUCCACAGGACCCUGAAUUUAUUGAGCAUAAUGCCUGCUCAGCAGCAGCAGCAAGAGAAACCACAGUAGUAAUUCUACAGAGCCCUAAGUGGUCUGCUGACAUCAUGUCUUCAGAAUAAAGGAACAUCUGUACAUUCUUGAAGGACCAUGAGCCCUUCCAGUAUUAUUGUAUAGCCCAGAGGCACCAUUUCAGACUUCGGUAAGGACUGAAAUGGCACUUGGCAAGGUUUAAAGAUCUGCUCUUGAAUAAAUCCAAGAUUAAAUUGCAGAAAUGCAGGGGUGGAGGAGAAAUGUCUCUUUAAAGAGCUUUAUAUCUCACAAUAGCGAUGGCCACGUUAAUUGUUUUGUAUUGUUUAUUAAUUACGUUAUUUAAUUGAUAUCUCACCCUUCCACUCAGAGGAGCCCUUAAGGGCAACCUCACACACAAAAAGUUUAAAGAAGAAAACAGAAGCAUGCUUUAAACAUCUAAAAACAGUUAUUACCCUCACGGCCAAUAAUUUAAAGGUGCCAGGCACAGUGUCUUUUAAAUGCCCGGGUAAACAAGGGUUAAGGAGAUUAAAUCUGGCAAGCACUUUUCCUUAAAAACAAGCAGGGUUUUUUUCCAAUUCCUAGGAGUGGGUGAAGGCAUUUUGCUUACAGACAGCAUUCUGCACUUGACAAAAGUUCUGUAUAAAUUGCCCUUUGCUGUGGGGCAUUGGAAAAACAACAACAACCUUGUGUCUAUUCGACUAAACUUUGUUGUAAGCGUGUUGGCUCAUGCCAAUUUACAAUGGAAGGCUGCAAACAUAGUUUGAGGAAACAAGACUCCCUGUCCAAACUAUACAUUUAAAGCAGUAGCAUGCCACUCUGGAUCCCCCCAAAGAAUCCUGGGAAGUGUAGUUUGUUAAGGGUGCUGAGAGUCAUUAGGAGGCAGACCUCUGUUCCCCUUCACCAAACUACAAUUCCUAGAGUUCCCUGGGGUGAAGGAUUGAUUGGUAAACCGCUCUGGGAGUUGUAGCUGUGUUCUCUUUUUACCUGGCAGAAAUGUGCCUUUGAUGGUGCCCAUUGCUUGGCUGGGAUGGAGGGUAGAAAUAAGAGUGGCAAGUGUGUAGGAACUAGAGUAUAUUUAUUGCUCUGCCUGCUUUUACCCCUGGCCCCAGCCAAUUUGGCCCCCAGAAAAUAUCCCAUAAACUAAUGCAACUCUUGGAAUUGAAAAGGUUCCCUUCUGCUGGUGUAUAGGACAACACUCUUUGUUUCCUUUGCAUGAGAGGGGAGUGGAGACUUCUGGCUCCUAUUCUAUUUGCUUUUGGAGUCUCAGUACGUAAGCGGAGACAAAACAGCUUGCACUUCUGCAAGACCCCAGGGAGUUACUUGUCCACCCCUCCCUCAAAGAUGCACUCCAAUUCCAGCUAGGAAAGUGCAACUCCCUUUCUCUGGACCGAACUAGAUGUUAUGUGGGAGUUGAAUGAGUCAAACUCUCCGUUUCUUCUUCCCUCUUGCUAAAGCAGCUACGGAGGUGGGAUUUGGACCAAGGCUGUGGUGCAAGGAAAGGGGAGGUUUGCUGUGAACAAGGGUUGCAUUCAAGGGCUGAUGUAGCUGGGCGGAGGCAAGGGGCAGGUGACAAGAGCAGCCCCCCUGACUUGCCUCUCUUUUCUCCCAUCACUUGCCCUCCUUUCUCUCUGCCCCAGACAAUGGUGGUGGCCAGGAGGAGCAAAAGAUGCCACUUUGGUCCUGGCUGUUGUCCGAAGCACGAUGCCAGAGGCUCUGGUGUGCAUGUAAGAAAGAAAGCUUUUUUUCAAGGCUUCCAAUUAUAUAGGUGCAAAUACCCAAAGGUGCCACUUAAAGAGUUCAAGAAAGAGUCCUCAACAAACCCACCUCUCCCCCCAGCUUUUGUUAGGUACUGAGUUGAAUAGGAUCCAAAAUGCAGCAGUCUGAUUGGUCCUAGAACAAUAGGAUUCAGAAUGCAGCAAUCUGAUUGGUCCUAGAACAAUGGGACCCAGAAUAGAGCAGUCUGAUUGGUCCACAGGAGCCACCCAAUCCAGCUCCAGGUGGAAGUGAAUCCGCAACCUGAUUGGCCUACAGGAGAAUCCCGGAAUUAGCCAGUCACGUGGGGCCCAUUGUGUAAAUAAUGUAUAUAAAGCAGACAUUCUGGGGGAACUUCCAUUCUUCCUCAUCACUAUGAGCUGAAUAAAGAGCAUGAAAUCCACUCUCGAGUAUAUUUCAGCUUUUAAAGAUGAGACACGGCUUGCUCACAAGACUCUCUCUACAAGAUUGGUUCGCUUGGAGUUGUGGGCUUCCCUGAAGAGUCUGUUCCCAAUGGCAGUGGAGACCCCAUUCACCUUCCAACAAUUCCCCGUGUUCUCUGCAAAGACGGAGGGAUUGUUAAACUAUUCUGAGAACGGUAGCUCCAUGAGAGGGGAUAGAGUCCUCCCACUUGCUCUCAGCACCCUUAGCAAAGUACAGUUCUGAGAAUUAAUUGGGGGUAAGUGAUAUCAUAGUGCUUUAAAUAAAUGGUGUGGACAUGUAAGAAUUCUGCAGUUAGGUCUCCCAUUGUUGUCUUCUCUUCCUAAAAGUAGUGCCACAGACCCCUGUUUUAGACCUGGUAGCAUAGCUGUCAAGCGUCCCUUAUUUGGUGGGACAGUCCCUUAUCCCAGCGCCAUGUCCCGCUGCUGUCCCUUAUAUUUCCCGGGUUUCAAAGGAAGCAGCUCCUCUCCCUCCCUCCUUGCCGGCCAGGGAGGAGGGAGGCUCCAACUGUGUUGCUUGGCUCCGUUGCUCACCCAAUAAGUCUAAGAACGACUGGGGGGUGGAGCUUGCAUGCCUUGUGCUGAUGAAAUCGGCUGCGUUGCCUGGGGACUCGCCUUUGCUCAGCGCUUCCCAGCGGAGAGGUGACGGUGGUUUUCCUUGAGGCUUCGUUUGGCUGCUGGCUGGGCUUUCUGCCUUUGGCUCGGAGGGGCUCAGAAGUUGAACAUACCUGUGCUUGGAAAAUCCCUUAUUUUUGCUGCUGAUCCCUUAUUUUUGAGGCUGCUGGUCCCUUAUUUUAAAAUCUGUAAGUUGACAGUUAUGCCUGGUAGUUGGAGAGGGGUGUGUUUGUGGAGGGGUGUCCAUCUAACCACACACUUCUCACCCUGAUUAAAAUCACACAUCCCUUAGGGCUGCUUUUAAGCAGGAUGGGGGGAAACACAUGUGUGCAAUAGGAGCUCCUGCAUGUUUUUCCCUUCAUGGUGAAUAGGUAGCCGUAAGUGGGUGGGAGAUUUGCAUCCUGUGGCACUACCUUUAGCAAAAGAAAUCGUGGCUAAUGAUCUAAUCUCGGCUUUCCCACGUAAAAGCUAGAGUUCCCACUCCCCUACCCCAAGAUUCUCUGUUCAAUCUGCUAUUUCUGCUGCUACACAUAUGUUGACUCACGCCAUGCAGAGCUUUUGGAUAUCUCAUUCUGGCAGGUGAAUUACCCAUUCAGGAAACACCCACAUCUGUUGAAGUCACAUUGUUAACAUUGUUUUGUCAAAUCCCUGACUCCAAUCAAGUAAUGAUUUAGGCAAAAAUCAUAGUGGUGUCCAUUGACAGUAAUCAGGCCACCAGAUUCAUAACAUUACAAAAUAACAUUUGCCAGUGUUAUUUUUCAAGAAAAAGAGGUGCAGGAACUCCCCUUGAACGCCUCCCUUGUUCUCUUAUAAUGGCAAUGGCGAGUUCUAGCUGAAAAAAAGCCCUGAUCUUUACUGAAAGCUCAAGUUUUCAAACUUUUUGAGAACACUCUUCUUUCUAUACUUAAAUAUGCUAAGUGUUUCUGUGGAAAUGGUGCUGAAGCAUCUGCCAUGGAUUGGCCAAUCUAGAAUUUUCUAGAUCUAGAAUUUUCAUGAAAAUUCUGCCUGCAGAGGGAAGCUGUUGGCCUAAGAAUGUUGGUGGCAUUCCAACUAUGCAAGUUAAAGUGAAAGGUCACUUUGUGCUUGUGUGGAAAAGCCUUCAUCCAGGCUGUAGAGCUGUGAGGAAAAGGCUGAGGACAGACAAACUUGGGCUUUUUCGGGAGAAAGGGGAGGAAAUAUGGAGGUUAGAGACAGGUGACAGGAGGAAGGACCCCACCCUUCCUGACAAACCUCUCCCACCACACCUUUCCUGGGCUCCUACUCAAAGCUUCUCCUGCCCGCUUCAUCUCAGUGAUCUAUAAGCCGCAAUAGCUUAAAGGCAGAAUAAACCUGGAAAUCAGGUGUUGGGAACGAACAACUAAGGAACACCAUAUGCCCUUGCAUCCUGUUCAUAAGAAUACAAGUUUCAAAUUAGAGUAUAUAAUGUUUAUAAGCACAGAUGAACCAAUGGCUUCAUUCAAUAUAAAGUAGCUCCAUAUAUUCACAACCUCUCGUGGCAGUCUUAUGAAACCUGCAAUCUCCCCUUUUUGCUAAUCUUACCAAUCCCACAUUUAGCCUCCAUUCUUAGGUCAGUGAACACACCUCUUAAACAAAUAAAUAAAUCAAAAGAUGCAGAAGGAAACAGCGGCUGAAUGCUUCUUCAGAUGAGAGCUGACAAGUUGGAAAAUACACUGUCAGAAUACAUAGUGUCAAAACCAUUGCAUGAGUGCUAUGGAAUUGGUCGUCUUAUAAGGCAGCGGUUUCCCCAUUCUGGUGCCUUCCCGAUGUUUUAGACUACAACUCCCAUCAUCCUUGACCAUUGGCCAUGCUUCCUGGGGCUGAUGGGAGCUGGAGUCCCAACAACAACAUCUGGAAGGUGCUGAGUUUAUGAAGGAACAGCUGUGCAUUAAAACCUUUUACAGAUUCAUUUUGCAUGUCCCAUAAAAGAGGAGAUAAUAGGUACAGGUAUAUUGGUCGUGAAGCUGAGGCUCCAAUACUUUGGCCACCUCAUGAGAAGAGAAGACUCCCUGGAAAAGACCCUGAUGUUGGGAAAGAUGGAGGGCACAAGGAGAAGGGGACGACAGAGAAUGAGAUGGUUGGAUGGUGUUCUUGAAGCUACCAGCAUGAGUUUGGCCAAACUGAGGGAGGCAGUGGAGGACAGAAGUGCCUGGCGUGCUCUGGUCCAUGGGGUCACGAAGAGUCGGACACGACUAAACGACUAAACAAAAUAUUUUGCUGGAACAAUUCCUUCUCUCAGUGUUCAUUCAGAAAAAAAUGUAUUCAGAGCAUUAAGAAAUAACCUCUUAUUUCAAAGCAUAGCUCCAGCUGGUUGGCAAGCUACGGCUCUUAUUGGAUGGACUAAGACAACUUGACUGCAGUUACUUUUGCACUGCUAACCUCCCAUAUAGAUAACUGCAGUGUGUUCCAUGUGGGGCUUCCCUUGAAGGCUGUCUAGAUGCUGCAGCUAGUGCAGAAUGCCACUUCGUAGUCUGCUAUCUAGGAUGGCGGGGGUCAUAUGACACUGAUCCUCCAAUCUCUGCACUAGCUGCCUGAGAACCUCCAGGUGUGGUUCAAAGUAUUAAUAUUAGUACACAAAGCCCUGAACAACCUGGGACACAAGGACCCAAAGGAGCACCAUCUCCAGUAUUGCAGCAGCCAGUCAUUAAGAUCAGCCAGGCAGUGACACCUGACAAGGGAUUUUCCAUAGUGAACCCUAGAUUAUGUGACUCCCUACUGAUUUCUGUUCAUAGCUAUCAACUUGCAGAUUUGAAAAUAAGGGACCAGCAGCCUUGAAAAUAAGGGAUCAGCAGCCAAAAUAAGGGAUUUUGCUAUUGUAAAGAGUUACAUACAUUGAUAGGAUUAACAGAUGCUGUCCAUCUGGCAUGAGGUGGUUGUGGCGCCGCAGUGACCGCUGAAGUGCCGCCCUUCUGCAUGCCUCCCCAUCCCCUCCUCUUCCUCCUCCCUCAGGCUGCCUCCUCAGCUGCCACCACCACUCCGGGCUCGUGGGCGGCGUGGGUGAGAGUCUCUCUCCCUCCCCCCUCUCUCUUGGGCGGGGAAGGGUCACUGGAACUCCUCACGCCAGGACGACGGUGCCAGCGUGCGCGCUCUCUCGCGGCGGAAGACCCUGAGCCACUGCUUCCCUCCCGAGCCGGGCGAGAAGAAGAAGAAGAAGAGUUUGGAUUUGAUAUCCUGCCUUUCACUCCCUUUAAGGAGUCUCAAAGCGUCUAACAUUCUCCUUUCCCUUCCCCCCCACAACAAACACUCUGUGAGGUGAGUGAGGCUGAGAGACUUCAGAGAAGUGUGACUGGCCCAAGGUCACCCAGCAGCUGCAUGUGGAGGAGCGGGGAAGCGAACCCAGUUCCCCAGAUUACGAGACUACCGCUCUUAACCACUACACCACACUGGCUCUCGGGCGAGCAUGAAACCCAGGAAAUUUAAGGGACAUCAUCAGUAAGGGACAGCAGCGGACACGGCACUGGGAUAAGGGAGUUUCCCGCCAAACAAGGGACAGUUGACAGCUAUGUUUCUGUUUAGUUGUCCUCUGCUCUGUCUACUUUAAGGUGACCUAUGAAAACUUUUUUUUAUACCACCAGGAGUUGUGGGGUUCAAUGAUUCUUCUGCUGAACUUACUGCUGCUUUAUUUUAUUUUAUUUUAUUAGGGAGUUUUCAAAAUGAGUUGAUGGGUAUUUUAAGUGUGUUGUUGUUGUUACUUUAUUAUACAUUUGCAGUCUGCCCUGGCCUCCCUUUUGGAAAAAGGAUGGGUAUACAUUUAUGGAAACAGAAACUAAUUAUUGCCUGCAUUGAUAGAGCAUUUAGCAAAGUUGCCUCCAUGCAGAUGUUCUUGAUAUACUCAGUAAUAUGCGACAUGUAUGCUGGGAGUUUUGUAUUUUUAGGCAUUUUGUCUUCUGGCUCGUGUUUAUUUAUUGUAUGAUAUUAUUAUCGUAUAAUUAUUCUGCUUUUUCCAACUAAAUGGUAAUCUCAAACCAGCACCGAUUUUGCUAUUGCUGUUAUUAAUUCUGUUUUCGGGUGGAUUUGUUGAUCCUCUGGGUUUUUCCCCAAGUAGAGGAGUCCUAUGGUCAUGACACUGGUUUGUUUGUUAAUCUUGGCUUGAUUUUUCCAGACCAUCAGUUUUGCCCAGUGAGCAUGGGUGAAACUGUAAGCAUGGACGACUGUCUGGACUAUUUUUUAGAGAUAAAGAUUCUGAUUAUGGAUUUCCAGAGAACCUACAAAGACAAGUGCUUUAAACAGAUAAGCAAAAAGCCAGAGAUCAAAGCUGGUUUGCACUCAACUACAGUAGAAAAAAUGGAUUAGGGUCUAAUUAGAGGUCUAAUUAGAGUCAAUGACAGCUCAAAGCUCAGCUUUAAAAUACUUUGAAGUUUGCUUGGAGUGUCCAUUGAAGAGGAGAAAAGGCUAUGUGGACAAGACCUUUAAAAAGAAGUCAUUGCUAUGGACUUGGGCUGUGAUGUUUACCUGAAGAAUCAAUUAAAACAUAGGAAGAUGCCUUGCUUUCGCAUAUUCACUUAAUAUGUGUUCUACUUAAUAGUGUUAAUAAGGCACAUUAUUAGUCCUAAAAUAGCAAUUCACAGAGCAAUAUACAUAUUGUUGCUUUAGAAUUGCUACCAAAUGAAAACUUGUGAUUUUACACUUAUACUUAGUCAAAAAGCUGAGAAGCUAUUGAAAACCAAUGAUUAAAAAAAGACUGAGGUUGCACAACCUUAAUGGGCAUUUCUGCAUUCUGGUCCCCAGCAUACUUCCAUUCUGGAAGAAGUCUAGAGAGCUAUAGAAGCAGAUUAGAAAAUGAACAGGCUGUCCCUGCUCCACAGAGAGCUCCCUCACUAUAAGCAUAGCAAUAGAAAGGUGAGGCAUGCAGUUGGCCAGAACUAUCUUUCUUGAAAAAGGCUCUUUGCAGCACUCAUAGAGCUAGCUUCUGCAACAACACACAGACAGUAUUGGGCGGUGAAUUUCACUCAAGUACCCAGAUUCUUUGAGGCCACCUUUGUGACCCCAAACACAUGCACAAAAUUCUUUGGAGUGGGAAUUUCCUAAUAUUACAGAGUGUAAUAUUGAGAAAACACAAUACAAUCAAACAAUCAAUAACCAAUAAAGCAGUAAAACCAGGUGAGAGCAUAUGCACUGUUAAAUAGCUAUCAGAUGCAAUAACACAAAUUCAAACCAAAACCUGGGCAAAUAAGUAGGUCUUUAGCUGGUACUCAGAAAGAACUGUUGCUCCAUCCAUAUCUGAGGAGGGUGGGAGAGGGUUCCACAGUUGGGAUGCCUGUGGAAUGCCUGUCUCUCAUGUUGCUGCACAUUGAGUCUCUAACAAGUGUGGCACCAUUAAAAGAACACCCCCAGGCAGGUGCAUAAGGGAGAAGGCCCUGCAUUAGGUAUGGAUUUACUUCCAAAGUCUUGGGAUUUUAAUCACAGACGUAACCAUAGAUGGCUUAAGGCCCAAACUGUGUCAUCUUGGAAGUGUUUGUGAAUCAUGCCGCCUGACUCCCUCAUGCCCCAUAAUAGGAUGAUAUGGAAGAGCCUAAGUCAGUGCCAAAUAAGGUGGAAAACAUGCCCAGCAGACAUAGAAAUCUCACUGGAAUUAUCCUACGCAUAUGAUCACUGUCCAAGUACACCGGGAGUUACAUUCUGAAAAACCCAUGUCGGAGUUCAUUCAAUCUUCCUCUCUGACGUUUAAUAUAUUUAUUUUGCAUUGAUGCUUUCAAAGCCGUUCGGUCUUUCUAGGCAUUUAAUGACUCAGAGGUCCAGCGUUUUCUAAAGAACGCUGCCUAACCAACCAAUGGAAGACGGAUUGCCUUAGGAGUAGAUGGUUUAUAGCAAAAUUACUCACAACGCUCUCGAGAGAUGCUAUGGCAGUGGGAAAUUAAAAUGGCAGUUCUCAGCUGCCCAGUGCUAAUGCAGAGUGUUGCUUCAGUUGUCUGUGGUUUCAUUUUUAUUUUCUAUUUUGUUUACCUUUGUUUCUAUUUUCUCUUUUGUUUACUUUUAAAUGCAUUUGCUGCUUUUAACUGCUUUUAAUUAUCUUUAGUAUACAUCGCCCUGAGACUGUUGCUUAGAAGGCAGUUAAUAAAUUGAUGAUGAUGAUGCCAGAGUUCAACAAGAAGUGUCUCACCUGAUGACAUUUUCAUUCCCCUCUACAAUUCCCAGAGUGGUUUAACAAUCAGUGCCUCUUCCCAGGGAACUCUGGGAAGUGUAGUUCCGUGAGGGGAUUAGUAGUCGCCUAACAACUCUCAGCACCCUUUCCAACUACACUUCCCAGGGUUCCUUGGGGGAAGGCAUGACUGUUGUAGUAUGAAACUUCUUUAAAUAUACAGUGACUUGGUCUUUUGCCCUCAGGUGUGGUGGACGAUACCAUCCCAACUUCAGUGUUGAUGCAAAACUCAGUUGCUGAUGCGUGGAAUGGUGAAGCGAAGGCACCAUCUUGGGGUUUUUUUACCUCAGGCAGCAAAAUGUCUCGGGCUGACCCUGUUUCAGUUAUUUUACCAGGGAUUAUAUAACCAUCCUUUAGCAGUAGCGGUCGUUGGAAUAUGCAAUUUAGUGGCGAUUACAUUGUUUUGCUGCAGUUAAGCGAUUCCUUUAAGUGUUCCCUUUCUUACAAAACUGUCUUGACAGCCUAAAAGUAUACUUAGAGGGUUAAAGGAGAUGAUGUAACUUGCCAUUAGCUUAAUUGCAUAGGCAUUUUUCUUCAGAAAUGUUUGUAUUUUGAGGCAGGCCCACCAAGUAUUUAUAACAUCAGCUGCUUCUUUACCGCAACAUUAGGGCUGUUCUUGGUUGUUUUUUAAAAAUGUGUUUGGCUUAGUCUGGGUGCAGCAAAUGUUGCCAGUGGAAACUUGCAUUGAAAAUGGAAAUUGAUUGGAACGGAGGGGUGAGCACCGCAUCUCAAAAUGGAUGGCCCCAGUUGCAGGACACUUAACUAUUGGCUUCGCCUAAACUUAAACCCCCCUGGUCUAGUAUCCCUAGUGCUGCAAGAUUGUCACAAGAGCGCCUGGACUAAAAUUGUCUAUCAAAAACUUCACUCUUGUGGUUUAUCACCACAACAGCUACUCACUUUGGGUUUUAGUACAGCAAAUAGUCUAAUUUGUCAGCGCCUAAAUGAUAUCGAGCGUCAUAACAACUUGGUCACAAUUAGGAAAUUUUGCCCAUGGUAUUUUCCAUCUUCCCAUUUCAACUCUCUGGCACCCUCUCUGCAUCACCUAGCAAUUCUAAAAUAUAGACGUGCUUUUACUCUCUCAAGAUUGAAUGUAUUGCCCACGGCUGUACUUGAGGGACGAUUCCAACAGAUUCCACACAAAAAGCACUUGUCCCUGUGGAGAUGGCAGUACCAAAUCGGUGGCGCAUGCCCUGCUGGCUUGCACUCUUUAUAAAGAUUUGAGGAAUGAGGUUAUCACCCCUCUUUUAUUGUCCAUUCCAGGUCGCCCAGCCACUGCCACAGUGUCCUUUCUCUUGGCAGAUCAAGAUGAGCAGGUGACAGCAACGGUUGCAAGGUUUUUAGCAGGAGCAAUCAGAAUAAGGUCCACUAUUUGACUGCUGAUUCAGGACCCUAAACUGUGUUUUAUAUAAUCGACUUUUUAUUUCUAUUAUUUGUAUAUCGUAUUGUUUUAUUGCUGUGGCCGAUGGCUGACGUAAAUAAAGAUUCAUUCAUUCAUAAAUGGCCAGCUUUUAGUAACUUUGAAUGCGAUUCCCUUUUUUACAGAUGAGAAAGGUGAGGGGUGGUAUCAUGACACAUCCAGGAAAUGGCUCUUAUUACAAACUUUAAACCGUUAGGAAAAGGAAACAACCAGACAGUCCUAAAAUUGUUUGGAUGCUUCAGAAUGAUGCUAGAUCUACAGAGAGUGACAAAAAGCACCCAGACAGAGGGUUCAGCAUUUCAAAUGAACAGGCUCUGCAGCUCAAAUAAUUUGAACUGGAGCUAAUGGAAAGUUGGACAGAGUUUUUGGAAAGUAAGCUUUGUGAUUUGGAGAUUUAUAAUGAUAGUGUUUGAGCAACUGCCUCUUUGGUUUUAGAACUUACCAUAGCCCAGAAUUACUCAGUAAAAAAAGUGAAAUGGUAACUUUUAGAAAAGCAGGAGGAGGGCAGGGAUUUUUUUCACCCAGAACUUGCUGGAACUCAGUUCCGGCACCUCUCAGGUUGGCGCCAUUGCCAUUAUAAAAGAAAACAAGGGAGACGUUCAUGGUGACUUCUAGCACUUCUUCUUCUAGAAAAAUAGCACUGAAGGAGGAUGUCAGGUGCUGAUGUGGUUGCUCGAGAGCAAACAGGCAAGACUCCGACGUGUCUUUUCCAGGCUUUAUUCUUAGUGCAAACUAUUUACAGUGAAGAGCGUUGCAAGUUCAUGUCUGGCUCAGUUGCUAGCGGAAUCUGGGAGUGGUUGGUCCUUGUAGCUCCCGCAGCAUAACAGUCGCGUGACCCCCAACCUUCUCCUCCCCUCCCUGCGCCGAAACCUACUGCGCAGAGCAGGCGCUGGCAAAGGGGUACUUCCCUCCUCUCCAGUUUGCUCAGUUGAGACUCUCCCUAGCACCCCCUGGUCCCACCACCUCCUCUCCACUGGAGGUGGGGCUUUCCUCCUCGCCAGAGGAGGAACUGCUUCGCAAGAUUUUCGGAGGUUCCCUAUAACACAACUGCCCUUCCACCUCUCGCCUCUGAGCUGAUGGCAGUUCGCUGACAGAGGAGAUUGAAAAUUUUAAUGUGGGGGACCAACCUGCUUUUGUAUGGGAUUCAAGAGGAGGUGAGUGAGGGAGACAUGAAGGGAUUUAUCUCGAAAUGGCUGUCCUCCCUUUUCCUGGGCAUAAUCAACACCUGCUUUUCCCGCCAUCCAAAAACAGGAACUGUUAAGAAAGCUGUCAAAGACUUCCAAGUCCAAUGACACUCCUGUUAAGAUCAUACAAAAUUUGGCACAAGUGAUGUACCCCUCUCCUUUAAAGCUACGGGAAGCAGGGUGGGCAUUCCUUUUUUCAUGUAAUAGUUCUACCUGGAAGCAAAACCCUCAUGAUUGCUAAUGUCAACAAGGCUCCUGCUGUACUGUCAGCGUUACAGUCAGAUCUGCUCGCAGAGCUGGAAAAAUAAAAGAGGGAGGGCACUUAAGAUGAUUGGGAGAUUGUACUGUGGUACUUUGGUCUUAGAACAGCUUAGUUUAUGAACAACUUGGAAACAGAACGCUGCAAACCCGGAAGUAGGUGUUCCGGUUUGUGAGCCUUGCUUUGGAAGCUGAACAUGUUCCACUUCCUGUUGAGUGUGUUCCGUUUGUAAAUUGAGUCCCCCGCUGCUAAUCAGAGGCUUCCUGUUGAGUCUGUCGGCUGUUGAGUCCCAAGCACCCACACAACACAGAUGUGAUAUUUGGAGCUUUUGUUUUUGCUAAAAAAAGAGAUUGCAUUUUUAUUUGUGUGGCUUUUUCGUUUUUUUGGAAUGUGACUUUUAUGGGACUGAUUGUGACUGUGGCUUGUGACUUCAUUUCUGUGACUUGUUUUUGUGACUGUGUGGAACCCAGUUCAGCUACUGAUUGAUUGACUGUGUGACUGCAGAAAUGGAUAAAAGCCCCCCUUCCAAACAAUGACUAUCAUCAAUGCACGUAAGGGGAAAAAAGUAAUUUUAAUUUUUAUCAUCUACACUACCGUCUUUUUUAUUUUAUAGUACAGUACAUUGAUUAUUGCUUUCAUUUAAUGGAUCAGUGGUUUCGUUAGAUAGUAAAAUUCACGUUAAAUUGCUGUUUUAGGGGUUGUUUUUAAAAGUAUGGAACUGAUUAAUCCAUUUUGCAUUACUUUCUAUGGGAAAGCACGUCUUGGUUUUAGAACACUUUGGUUUUGGAACAGACUUCCAGAAUGGAUUAAGUUUGGGAACCAAGGUACCACUGUAAAAGGAAAACAUCUCCCUGGAAGAUGUCUUCCACACUUGCAGUGGGAUGGAAGCAGAUUACCCAUUUUUUCCUUUCAUGUCACUGGAGUUAAAAAACACACAAAGCUGUGGGAAAUGAGAUAAGCAAAUCAUGUUUGAUUAACAGAUUGUUCAUCUGAUUUAAUAGGUGGUACAUUUGCUAUUUAUGCUUUGAAUUGAGCUUUUAGGACCUUGAAAAUAUAUUCACGGUAUAUUAUUUUGAAUCAGUAGGUGAUAGGACUGAAGUGAGACAGUACGCCUUACCAUUGCAAUUUUUGCGCUAGAUGUAAACUGGUGUGUGGGGCUGGCUGGUAUUGAUCUGGCUUUAGUAUUUUAGCAAACCCCAAAUAUGAGGCAUUAAGUUUUGCUUUUGCUACAUUCCUGGGCAGACACAGCCUGGGAUGAGACUACUUAUUAAUAAAGGAAACUCCAAGGAAGCUGUACUGCAGAAUUUUUCUUCUGGUCAGAUGGCUCUGUUGGCUGCUGGUGAGGAAGCAAGACAGUACUUUCAUUUUUGGGGAUAGCUGUUAUUAACUGGAAGUUUAUGGACCAGGAAAUGCAGAACAAACACUGUAGUCAUGAGCGACGAGAUAAAAAUGGUGACAAUGAACGUGAAAUUAUUAGGAAUGCAGUCAAGAGGACCAAAAGUAGGAAUUAUGUGAAAGAAAUGAUACUCACAGUAAUAAUGUUGUGGGAGGGGGCUUAAUUAAUUAAUUGCCUUCCACACACCCUGUCUUACGGUGAUUGUGUCAUAGACACAUCUUACAGUAACUCUGUGAAGUAUAAGGGGUAUGGCAAAUAAUUUAUUUAAUGAGGGACUAAUAAAGCCAGAGGAGUUGCAUUUAUUUUACAUUCUAAUUUGGGCUCAGUUCCUUGACUUAGCUGGACUUAAACAAGGAACCUAGAGGUCUCUUUGACCAAAAAAUCAAAAACAUAUUGUGGCCUUUCAUUUGGUGUAGGCUCUUGAUCUGAGACAACUUACAUGCAUCAAUUAUUUAAAAAUAUUUUUUAAAAAUAAAGUUACUUGUUUUCUCUUGAGGGAAAUUCCUUAAAAUAUGAGAAGUAUGCUGGUGACUUCACUGUUGGUUUAACCUACAGGUCCUUAAUAAAGUUUGCUCCUUCAUAAAGUUGUUUUAAGAACUACAAGAUACAAGGCGGUGGGAGGUGAAAGACAGCGACGGCAGCUCAAAGAAGAUGGCAGAAAGCAAGUGGUAUCUAAACUCCCCCAAGGAGGCACCAUGGCCUGCUCCCCGCCCAAGUUUCAUGAUCCCCAAGAAGGAAAUCAACAUGGUUCCUGACAUGGCGAAGUGGAAAUGCUCACAGGCUUAUGCAGAUUACAUGGGCUUCAUUCUCAAGCUGAAUGAAAGCGUCAAGGGCAAGAAGUUGACCUGCAGUUACAAAGUCUCUGAGCCCAUUGAGAAGCUGGUUGAUCUCCUAGACACGCUUGACAGGUGGAUUGACGAAACCCCACCGGUGGAGCAGCCAUCCCGCUUUGGGAACAAGGCCUUCCGGACAUGGUACACCAAACUGGACCAGGGGGCUGAGAACCUGGUGGCCACGGUGGUCCCGAGGGGGCUGUCAGAAGCUGUCUCUGAGGUGGCGGUGUACCUGAAGGAGUCUGUGGGCAACCCUACUCGUAUCGACUAUGGGACAGGUCACGAAGCAGCGUUUGUCGCCUUCCUCUGCUGCCUUUGCAAAAUUGGAGUUCUCAGAGUGGAUGACCAGCUCGCCAUUGUCUUCAAAGUGUUCAGCAGGUAUUUGGAAGUCAUGCGGAAGCUGCAGAAGACCUACAGAAUGGAACCGGCCGGCAGCCGAGGAGUCUGGGGCUUGGAUGACUUCCAGUUCCUGCCCUUCAUAUGGGGCAGCUCACAACUGAUAGAUCACCCAAACCUGGAGCCUCAACAUUUCCUGGACGAGAAGGUGGUGAAUGAAAACCACAAGGAAUUCAUGUUUCUCGAGUGCAUCCUGUUCGUUACAGAAAUGAAGACAGGCCCAUUUGCUGAGCACUCCAACCAGCUGUGGAACAUUAGCGCUGUCCCUACAUGGGCGAAGGUCAACCAAGGCCUUGUUCGCAUGUACAAAGCCGAAUGCCUGGAGAAGUUCCCUGUGAUCCAGCACUUCAAGUUUGGCAGCCUCCUCUCCAUCCAGCCUGUUGCAUCUUAGGGAGGUUUUGUAAGAUAUUCUUUCCCCCACUUCUUUCUUUUUUAAAAAAAGAGGGGGUCAGAAAACACUGGAGAGAGCAGGGUGAAGGGCCAGAACUCUCCCCAUUCAGCCCCACCCUCAAGCUAUGCAGCCGAUUCAUUUCCGCAGAAUAUCUUUUUGCAACUUUUUUGGGGUGGGGGAUUUUCCUAUUCUCUUAAAGGACCCCCCCCCAUAUUUUGAAGAAGGGUUCCCUUGGCCAGCUUGCAGAUUGGAAGAGUAUACCUCCCUGUUAUUGUAUACACACCAUCCUUUGAGAGGGCCUACUUUUGGCACUCACAAAUGCACCAACCAUGAGUGGUGUAACAGCUGGCACCUCUGUCACCUUCUGCUAAAAAUCUGGGCCCUUCGUCUUAGCUCAAGUGUCAUCUCUGCUGUCUGUUGCAAACACCCCCUUGCCACCCCACAAGCGCAUGUAACUCCCCUUGCCCUAGAACCGCCACCUGACAAGGCUUUCUGCACAUGGCACUCUUUCCUCUGGUUUCCUCUAGCAUUGUCAGGAAAAGAAAAAUAACUGCAAAGAUACAUCCCCCAGUUGUUAUGGACUAGCUGAAAUUUGCAAGACAAAUUCAAAUGCCACCCCAUACAGUGCAGAAAUUGUUGUGAGCCCUGACCCUUUGACCUUGCAGCUGCAUGGCUGAGGUUUCUGGGGAUGCUUUCAUUUCCUCAGUGAAAAACUACCAGGACAGUAUCCAGACUUCUCCCACCUAGAGGGUACAACCUUUCUACCAUCCUCAGAGUCCCUGCAGUACCCCUGUCUCCCCAACCUUGCAGACUAAAAUCAGGUGAGGGUCAUUUUGCAGUCCAGCCAGCUUCUCUGGGGAUGUGGAGCCAGCUGACAUAAGACUUCAGUUGUGUGCAGCUCCCCACUGGAACAACAUCUUUCUCCAGCAAUCUUGGCAGCAGAGAAGACCACUGUCUUCUUAGCAGGCUUGCUUUGGAGCUAUCUAAGGUAGCCCCCCCCCCUCGCCCUGCUGAUUUGAAGGAGGGUGGUAUCAAACUUGAAAGGAAUGUGGGGAGGAAUGGGUAAAGGUAACACUGGCUGAGAUGUGACGUUACUUUCAUGUUUUCUUUGCUUGCGUUUGUUUUAUGCAUUUUUUUGCCAUGCCGUUCCAAAAUUAUCAAGGCUGUUGACAUAAAGAAAGAAAUGCCUCAUCUAAGAUGGGUGCUUGGUGUGACAUGUGGCUUUGCCUAUUUGCAUGUGAAUAUACGCAGAUUCGAUUGAUUAAAAGCAAUGUGAUUAAACAGUGCGGUCCUGUGCUUAUUUGCUCAGAAGAUGUGUUAAAUGGGACCUACUCCAGAGUCAAUGUUUCAAGGAUUGUAGCUUAAAUUUGAUGAUAGCCCUAAAAAUAAUGUGUUGUUAAGGUCCAUCUUCUUUCCUUGAAUGUUACUCUGAUCACAUUUGGGUGGUGUAGUCCAGGGAUGCCCAACAGGUCAAUCGCGAUGUACCGGUUGAUCGCAGGGUGUCCCUGGUCAGUCAUGGUUGAUCGUGGGACCCUCCCCCCACCCAAAAAAACUCAACAACUCUGGUUCAUCCUCUCCCCAAAAAGCUCAACAACUUUGGCUCAUUCUCCCCCCAAAAAGCUCAAGAAUUUUGUCUCAUCCUCCCCCCCCAAAAAAGCCCAUCAACUUUGUUUCGUCCUCUCCCCACCCCUCCGGCCAAAGCUCAACAACUCUGGUCAAUCCAAUGGGUGGAUCACUGCCAGUUUUUUUAUAGUGGGAGUAGAUCGCAAUCUCUUGGAAGUUGGAUGUGCCUGAUCUAGUCCAUCAACAUUCUAGGCGGUCCUUAUAUUCUUGGUUGCUGUGCUUCUUCAGUUUGAUGGAAAACAGCAAAUCGUUAAUAGAAACUUCAUGAUUUUGAAAGGUGUACUGCAUUGUGAUGUGUGCAGCACAGUCCCAUUCCUGUUUACUCAGGAGUAUUGAGCUCAGUUGAACUUGUAGAACACAUAUUUUGGCUCAUGAUGCAAAGAGAGAGAAGCAGCAAAGUUGAUACUGGAAGAUGGAUUUUAUAAAAUGGAAAAACCAGACGUCUCCAAAUCUUGUGAUGAAGUUCUCAAAAACUUUUAAAAAAAAAUGUUCAAAAUUGCAUUUAGUAGGAAAAGCGUGUACAGAAAAAUGUGUACGUUAGAGAAAUGAACAUACUAAGUUAACAUACUAAAAUGCAUUAUAUUAUGGGACCUGGCUUGCAAAAACUCUGUAUAAUAGGCAAAAUUGCAUACAUUAAGAACUUUUGUGUACUUUUUGUACACAAAAAGUUGUACAAAGUUUUGUGCGGUUUGCUUUUUUUUAAUUACAAACUGUGCAGAAGUAGAGAAAACUGAACUUAAAAUUGGGGAGAAAAUUUAUUUAAUUAUUCCCCUAGAUGUAUAUACUGCUUGUAAUAAAGCCUCAAAGUGGUUUAC